AUGAAGUUCGCUUACUUUUUCCCAGUCUUCCUACUUCAGGGCUGCUUUCUUUUGAGAACAGUUCUUCCUCAAGCAACAGCAGUCUCCAAUGGUGCAGCAACAUUUCAAGGUAAGAAGAUACUUUCACAGUGUGUUGCUUUCUCCUCGCUUAUGCUUACUGCCUUCUUACUACGUUGAAAUGAAACAACUGAGUACCAGUCCAUGAUCUGAUGAAGCAUCUGCCGUGUUAUUUCAGAUCAGAGUUUGGGCACUAACUUUUAUGCUAACUUUUAAGUUUGUCUGACUUAUACAAAUAUGAAAAUCAGUAAUAGGACAGCAGUAUAUGCCCCACAUUGUCAAGCAAGGGGUAGCAAUCAUACAAAUGUUUUUUGUCAGAGAUUUUUUUCUGUGCUGAGUUGCAGUACAAGCCAAGCCUGUAUGUCCCAAUAAUACGGUGACUAAUAAGCCAUUAUGGAAGUCACCAGAUUCUGCUAACUCUUUCAAAAAUAACAAACUUUUAUUCCUUCUUUGUUUUAAAGAACUCAUUAAGGGAUAUCUGAGAAUUAUAGCCCCACUUUUUGAUGAAGAAAGAGCUGUAAGUAGUGUCUCUAGUGUAGUGAGCAUUGAGCUUUGGAGAUAAAUACCCAUGUUAAAAAUGAAAUGAAAAUGAAUACCAAAAAAAAUGGCCAAAAGAAGAACAAAAAAGCUGCAGAAGGAAAAAAGGAAAAGAGGGUGUUUUAUAUGUACUUUUGACAUAGCAGAUAUUCAUAAUGUAAUCAUCUUUUUAUAUUAGGAAGAGGAAGUAGUGGCUCAUUUUACUGUCUCGGGCUGCGUUCAUUUUUCUUCAGUUUCCCUCUAAAAAGAAUGCUCUUGAGCAGAGUCUUUCAACUAAAUAUCAACUGUGUUUGUGUGUGUAUAUAUGUGUGUGCAGAAUCACACCUGUUGGUCCUGUCUCUGACAUCCGUGUAUUUGAGUGACGUGGGCACAGAGGCUUAUAUGUGCAUCCUCUAAUAAGGGAGUUGGCUUUGGAUGUGCAACUUAUGCUCUCCAUUGGCAGGCAACCCCCCACAGGCUCUCUGUGAAGAUAUCCUGAGAGCAGGAAGGUCAGGCAUGGCAAGGGGAAGGGAUCGAGAUGCAAUCCUGACCCCUUUCUCCACAUGAAGAUCUCUACAAAGAUAAUCCAGCAGCCCAAGGCUAGUGACAGUUUCUGGCAUCUGCAAUAUAUAUUGUAGAUGAUAUUCCAAAACCAUAAGUAAUAAUUUUUUGAGGGUUCUAAACCUUAUGACUAAAGCUACCCAGAAGGACCUUCUUUUCUUUUUCUUAGCUCGCAGAUUUCCAGGCCAGAGACUGCUGUUGAGGCUCAUUCAGGGGUCAACUUGAAUAAAAUACUGGGGAGGUGGGGGAGGUAAGCCCAGUCCCACAUAAUCGAUCACAAGACGUGACGCAUACACACCAUUUGAAUGCUCAUCAACUCGGGGGGGGGCAGCCCCCUCAAAUAUUUUAUUGGGGUGAGAAGGAAACUUUGCCCCUAGGAGCUGGCUCCUAUGGGCUCAUUGGAGUUUCAGAAGUGAGUUGCCAUGUUGGAGGGGGGGAGUGGCAGAGUGAUAAUCGAGAAGCAAAAGGUCCAAUUCCUGUUUGGGUGUGAAGGCCUCUGCACUGUGACCCACAUGCCUCGUUUUAUUUAUAUAUAUUGAUUCAUUUAAAUUAGUUUAAUAAUAAUACUGAGCAUUUACGUAGCACUAUUUAAAGAGUUUCAUGUCCCUUAUCUUGUGAUAAGGUCCUUGGAAGGUCAUUCCUUUCUUUUAACUCCAUAUUCAAAGGGUGGGGAUGUAUGAUGCUAUGCGAGAGCUUUGUGUCUCCAGCCACCAGCCAAGCUCCAAGCAGAUCAACAAAAGACAACACGAGGGCUAAUAAUGUAUUGGCAGUAUUUAUGAAACACUAUCAGUUGUUUCUUAAUUCAUAAACAAAUUCAUAAACAAAAGCCAUAUAAUACGUGCAAGAAGUCACGGACUAAUAGAAGUCAAAUGAAUAUUCCAUCAACAGGAAUGCUUAGAAUGGUGUGUGACCCCAAAGAAACACUGAAGUUGAGGCAGAAAGCCUUUCCACAGUUCAUAUCUAUAUCACAGUUUGGUGGAGAAUGAACUGGAGCCUGGUGGUGCAGCAGACAGAACAGUUCUUCCAGGAUAAUGAACUGUUUCAACGAUAUUUCUUCAUCAGCAAGUUAAUAGUCCCCAAAGAGCUCUCACUCAAAAGUAUAGUAGGCUGAUCCAAGCAGAGGGAGGACCUCCUCAUCUGCAGCUUAGGCUACAGUCCCAGUGGCUAAGGCAUUCGGUGUGGCUUACUUCCAAGUAAACAGGCAGAGGACAGCACUCUUACACAGCAGUCCUAAGAGGCGAUAGGGAGAUAUACAGCCUCUUGCCUGCCAGGAUGGAACGUGGGGGCAUUUACACCCUCCUUUUCUGCCCCAGAUCCAGUCUGGCACCACAGGGGAGCCCAGACCAGGCCCUUAUUCAGGAUCUGGGGGAUCUAUUGUUCUAUUGUGGGCAUCUUCUGCCACAUGGUCUGGGCACAAUAAUCGUGCAUCAGUAGUGGAUUUAUUCUUCUUUAUCUUGUUCUGUGAUGUUGCCUAAUACCACCACAUUCUUGCUGUCGAGAGAGGCACCGAAAGAAGGGCAAAAGUCAACCUGAACAUUUGUGGCACAAAGCGAUGGGAUUUCAGCAGGAAGUUCCUAAAUGUGCACUGACUAGAAAGGAAGCCGUGUGACUGCCCCAUCAGUAUAGAAAGAAGGGUCUUGUAUGACACCCCCACCCCCUGCAUAGCAUCAUGAUCACAAAUUAUCAUGGAUGCACAAUAAAAAGGUUGUCUGGAUGGGCUCUAUGUCACAUAGGUACUACACUGCAAUGCCAUCCCCUCACCAAAAAAGACCCUCUCAGGUGUACUUCAUCAUGAAGUAUUGCAGACUUUCUGGAGAAUCUUGUAUUAUAAAGAGUGUUCUUUUUAAACUUCCUCUUUCUGAUUUUGCACAGAUUGUCCUGUGGAUCUGUUUUUCGUCUUGGAUACCUCUGAGAGUGUUGCCUUAAGAGAAAAGCCUUUUGGGGCCUUGGUGGAUCAAGUUAAAGCAUUCACCAACCGAUUCCUUGAUAAGUUAACUGACAGGUAAAUGUUGCAUGAACUGCCCUGGCAAUCCUACAACAAACAUCUGAUACGGUCUUUUGUCUUGUUCUAAACAUUCAAGGCACAUUUUUACACAGUAAGAAUAAUAAUUUCAUUUGAAAAGCAUGCAUUUUAUGUGGGUUUUAUACUUCCUAGUCAUUGUUCAAAAUUCCUGCUGCAUUUCAUAUGGAGAAGAAUGUUCUGCAGUCUCCUGCUCUAAACUGCAGGUGGUAGUGGUAUUCCAAAAUUCCUGGUCUUGUUUUAUGUUUGGGCAGACCAAUGUCAGGGGAAGAAAUUCUGCUUUCAUAUUUAAUUAGAGCUGAACUUGUUUUCCUUACCUUGCCUUUGUGCACCCUGAUGAAACACAAGUUGAUGUUUUUCUAUUGUGGUGAUAAAUUGCGUUUCCAGGUGGAGUGUAACCAGUGGUGGUGGGGCCAAGGCAGGGUAAAGUUGCAAUAACUGCAGGACAACCAACCAUGAUUUAAACAGGCCACAAUUUUAUUGAUUAAAGACGUUAGAAGGCUUUGGCGCAGGCAUUGGGGGGUGUAUCCUGAAUCAACUGACCUGUCUGCCGGUUGAUUAUUUGGCAAGAUUACCCAAUGUUAAGGAUCGCCCUAUGAUGUACAUCAAAUCAGGGCAACUUCCCCCCCCAUCACAAUUUUCGGGGGUGGCGUGACCCAUCCACCCUCCCUCAUCAGGGGUGUCCAGACAGAUGCACCUCCCAGGAUCCCUUUAAGGGGAUCCCCUGAUCCUUUGGAGCGAGGCCCCACCCCCUGGCCAUUUGGACUAAGAACCCAGCCUUGUCCCCAUCAACUUGUGACAGUGCCUACGAGGCAGGCAAAACCCCCAGACAGGCCCAAUUUGUCUGAAGGCAAAUUCUUCCCUGGCCCCAAAGCUGGCGAAUAAAGGUUUCCAUAGCAAGGUCCUCUGUGGGAGCUGCCUGCUUGCCCUCGGCCAGCCCUACCACAUAAGGAGCAGGGCGGGCGGGCAGGGAAACCAGCGACAACUGAGCUGCGGCCUGGGUCCCCUGGGCUUCUAUAGCCGGAGAGUCUUCCCUCUGGCCAGUUCCCCAAACCAUGCCCCAUGGCUUCAACUGUGGGUGAGCCCUAGCAGCCAGUGGGCCCGGUGGAGGAAGAAGGGACGUCUCUCCCCAGCUGCACCACAGCCAGGAGGCCGACCCCACUUGAUGCAGCUGCGCCAGAGCUCAACUUCUGCUCCACUUCUGGAGAAAGCUAAACAUCUGUGUCGGGCUGCUAUCAACGGCAUGGGAGAAGGAACAAAGAUUACUAAGAUAGCAAGAUAACUAAGACAAAUGUGGUAGAAAUAGCAGGUCAGGGUUUUUUUUAAAAAAAAUCUAGCUUUUGCUGUUUAUCUGAAUCAGUGCUGAUUUGUUAUGAGAGCAGAUAUGCAAAACACACUUUCUCCCCUCAUGUGCUCCAUCCUACAGCCGUAUCCUUGAGGUGUCGGGGGGCUUAUUGGGUUGUUGUUUUUAUUUUGAUUAUGUAUUUUGUGGUUUUAUAUUUUGAUUUUAUUCUGUGAACCACCAUGAGAUGUCUGGGUAUAGGACGGCAUAUAAAUUCAAAAUAACAACAACCACCACAACCCCACACCUGCAAGCAGCAGCCUUAUGUGCCUCAUGGCAAGAGAUAGAAUCAUGCAACCUCUCAUUUCUGGUAUGUGAGUCAACAACAGGAAGGAAGGAAGGAAGGAAGGAAGGAAGGAAGGAAGGAAGGAAGGAAGGAAGGAAGGAGAGCAACAGCAGACACCAUCCAUCCAUCCUGCUCCCAGGGCAUCCUGGCACACAGGGGCAGCCCAUCCAGUUUUGCCAUCUGAGGUGAAAUGGGAAGGUGCUGUUCCCCUGCAAGAUCUUGGAGUGGGUCUGCAAGCCACUUCCACUCCUCCUUGCUUCUCUGGUGGCAGUAGGAGGCUGCCUCAGUCCACACCGCCAGUGUGGUGUAGUGGUUAAGAGUCUCGUAAUCUGGGGAACCAGGUUCGAGUCUCCGCUCCUCCACAUGCAACUGCUGGGUGACCUUGGGCCAGUCACACUUCUUUGAAGUCUCUCAGCCCCACUCACCUCACAGAGUGUUUGUUGUGGGGGAGGAAGGGAAAGGAGAAUGUUAGCCGCUUUGAGACUCCUUAAAGGGAGUGAAAGGCGGGAUAUCAAAUCCAAACUCUUCUUCUUCUUCUUCUACCUCAUGGGUGGGCCGGAUCAGCUGGUACAGGAUGCUGUGGGGAGCUUUCACAGAUGUACAUUGUGACGUAUGUCUAUUUGUACAUUAUAAACAGACAGAAAUAAAAAAUAUGCAAGGGGCACCAAAGCUAAGGAGGUGGUUCUCUUUCUUUAUAGAUACUAUCGGUGCGACCGGAAUCUUGUGUGGAAUGCGGGAGCCUUGCAUUACAGUGAUGAAGUGCAGCUGAUCAAGGAGCUCAGCCGGAUGCCUGCAGGGAGAGCAGACCUGAAGAACAGGGUCUCCUCCGUGGUUUCUAUUGGCAAAGGCACCUACACAGACUGUGCCAUCAAGAGAGGGAUUGAAGAGCUGCUCAUCGGGUAAGUGGGAACGCUAAUUUUCUCAUUCCGUCAACGGAGGAAGGGAAAAGUGGGAGGAAGACGGGGUACCUGGGCAGCUUUUCUAGCCCUUUCCAGUGGACUGUAGUAUUGGUGGCUUGGCAGCUGGUCCCUGAUGCCACAGCAGCCCGUUCAUAUACACCUAUCAAUUUCAGUAGGCAAAAAUAUUGAAUCCUGUGAUAAAGUGUUUGGAUUUUGGUGCAGAAUUUGAAACCAAAUUUGUUGUCGUGUGGAGAAACCCUUGGAAACAGGAGGUUUGUUUUAGAUGUGUGCUUUUGUUGGCCUGUACUAGUUUGCUCUUCAGACUUUCUGCUCUUUCUUAUUGAUGCGAUUUCCCACACACUUGACACGCAUCAGUGUCGUAUACACAGGCACAAAUGCACACACUAUCAUGCACGUUGGACCAUGGCUACGCCCAAGAGCAACUACCCAGCUUGAAUGCAUGUGAACAGCACCAAGACAACCUAGUCCGAAAAGGGUCCCCUCUGGAUUAAGGCUCUGAGAUGGUCCCCUAACAUGUCCUUCCCCAUCCCCCAAAGGUACGUUAUUUGGUGAGCCAAACCAGCUGCUCUGUGCCUCUCCCUGUCCCUGCCCAAAUCCAAGCAGCAGAACUUUGCAGAGCCUUGACAGGGGACGUUUUCUUUUUAGGGUGGGGUACUGCCAAGCAUUGGGAAAUGCUGCAAAUAGUAUCAUUUUCCACCAGGGGCUCUUGGGCGGGUAGACUGGGAUGAGCAUGCUCUGCCUUGGCUCUCUGAGGCUUUGUUGUCUCCAUCCCCUUUCCCAUAGUUGUUUGGGCAGUGGCAGGUGUUUUGCCCUUUACACCAAGAGCUCACAGUAACCUGACCCUUUGCAGCAGGGUGUGUGUGUGAGAGAGAGCAGACACACAGCGGCAAGGCUCUUUCCCAUCAAAUCAGUAUCCUCCAUCCCAACAAAAUAGUUUAAUAAGAAGCACUCAGGUAAAUUUAUUGCACCAUGGGGAAGCAGCUGUCACACAAGUGCCUGUGUGUGUGUGUGUGUGUGUGUGUGUGUGUGUACAGGGCUGGUCAGAGGGUGGCAAGGGGCAUUUGGCUUAGUCCUCAAGUUCAAAGGGGGGCUCAUUAAUUCUCUGGCAUUUGAUAAGUUUCACAAGUUGAUUUUAUGUACAUUGGACCAACAUGUGACAGCUUGGAACUGCAAAGUUAAGCUGCUCUAAGAGAUGUGGUUUGGUAACAUACAUUUUGGGGGUUAAGUGAUAUAGCUUUGAUUGUAUUAAAGAGUUUAAAAUGUUUAUGACUUGGUUCAAGGUGUCUCUCCCUAUACGUUGGCUGUGGUGUAAACCCCUCCAGUCUUCUUUACUAAGGACUCUGCGGCGGGGGGUGGGGGCACUCUGUGAACCAAAGUGGUGGCUUGGAGUCGGAGUCAGGUUUAUCUGCCUCUUGCUCUCUUCUCUUCUCUUCUUUUCUUUUUUGAGGAUGUUUGGGGGGUAUAUUUUGUUGCCCAGAAGACCUUUUGAAGAGGAGGGGAGCAGCAGUGCAGGCCAUUUUCCCUCUCCCUUCCCCUCAUUGCCUCAAAUGCCUUUUGAAAAAGGGGAGGGGGAUACGUGAGGCCCCCGUCAAGGCUUCGAGACCUGUAUUUGCUUUGGAUUGCUUUGGGGGACCCUCACCUAUGACCUCGAAUCCAAAGCCAUGCUGGGGGGGAGAACCAAAGUUUCAAUCCUCCCAAUGACUUGCAUUGACAAACCAAAAUGGCCACGAUUUUCUGCCCCCGCUCCCCACAAAGAUGCAUAAAGGCACAACAGGAAUUGUUCCAAAAUUGUCACUCCUGUUUUUGUUGGUCUCAUCCGCUCAGUCUGCCAGAGCCUCUUUCGCAGGCAGGGGAUAGACAAGUCCCUAACGCACUGAGGGUUUGAGGCCCAUCAGCUGCCCUCACCUGGUUUAGCUGGUCAGGGGAAGCUGUUCUUGGGGGGUGGCCACUGUCCCAGGCAGACAGCUUCUAGGAGCCACAGGUGAGAACUGCGUGCAUGAUGGGCACCAAAGGUGGGUCAACUACCCCAGAAAGAGCAGGACACAUCCCCCACCAUAGAUAUUACCCCACCCCUAAGACCCCAUGCAAUAAUAAUAAUAAUAAUAAUAAUAAUAAUAAUAAUUUAGGUUAUUAUAUAUUCAGGUUAGUCCUGGGCGUCUGGCAACCCUUUUGAAAGUGCAUUCCUAACCUUGUCUACUCAGAAUUAAGUCCUAUUAAGUUGGGUGGAGCUUACUCCCAGGUACUUGGGGUAAGGAACACAGCCUAACUAGGCAGGAAUCUGAGGCAUUUCCACUGUGCAGCUCUCUCCAUUCCAACUGUGCGUUUAGUUCUCAGGCUUUCUGUCAUGAGGAUCAUGUGUCUUUCUUCAUCUGACGUGGAAGCAGGGAGAGAAGCAGCUUUUGGUUGCUGAAUGGGAGGACUUGUAUUGUGCUUGUGUGUUCACUCAUCAUUUUCAAUUUUCAUUAUGAGUUGGGGCCUCAAAUGUUGAAAGUGGCCUGGGCCUCUCUGGACUCUGAGAGGACCUAUGUGUGUUUAUGUGGGGGGGGUGUUUCCUCUAAGAAAAAAAAAGUCAGUUUGAUACUAGAACAAAAUGUAUUCCUUAUUUACUUUGAAGAGUUUAUUUAAGUCAUAGAAUUUGCACUUUCUGAUCACAAUAUUCGUAGUUAGAUUUAUUAUUGCUUGUUUAUUUCUUUCAUUAUUUACAUUUACCCCUCAUUCUGUAGGGUGUUGAACGCACAUAACAAAAUCAUAAGCUAUUUAAUUUAAACAUCAUUACAAAUUGCAUCAAAUCAAUAAAAACAGUUCAGUGUCAAAAAUAGUGAGACUCAUUUACAGACCUCCCCCAAAUGCCUGUGUGAACAAAUGUGCUUUGGGUAUGUUUAGCCUGAAAAAGAGGAGACUGAGAGGAGAUAAGAGAUCCAUCUUCAUAUAUCUCAAGGGCUGUCUCAUGGAAGAAGGAGCAAGCUUGUUUUCUCCUGCUCCAGAGGGUGGGACCUGAACCAAUGGUUUAAAAUGACAAGAAAGGAGAUUCUGAAUAAAAAUAUGGAAAAACUGUUUGACAGUGGAACAGUCUCCUCUGGGAGGUUGUGGACUCUCCUUCUUUGGAGGUUGAGAAUGAGGGUGGAUCUACACACCAGAAGGGGGGGGUGGGAUGCUAUAAAUAAGUCAGAAAUUAAAUUGUUAUAACAAAAGGAAAAAAAGCGCUAUGGAAAAGCACUUAGAAUUCUUUUUUGCUCUCUGGUGCCAUCUGGUGUUGCAAGUUUACAACACAUUCAAAAUGCUGUUUUUUGACUAAUGUAGCUGAGUCCUGAGUUCAGGUUCCUGCCUUGCAGGGGGUUGGACUGCAUGACCCUUGGGGUCCCUUCCAACUCUACAAUUUUUGAUUCUAUGAUAAUGUGUUUUGUUACGUUUCUAGCAUAUUGCUGGUUGAGUAGGUUCAUCAGCAAAUACAAACCUAUAUAUCUUUGUGUAAUUAGACACUGCAAUUGGUACAGCAGGUGGCUAUGCCAGUGCAAGGGUUUAGGACUGAUGCUUUGGAGUUCUCAUAUUAUAGAGACAGUAUGGCGGCACUAGUGGGUUUGAUUUCUUCCCCCUGCAGAGGAUCUCAUAAGAAUGAAAAUAAAUACCUGAUUGUGGUGACAGACGGACACCCCUUGGAAGGCUACAAAGAGCCCUGUGGCGGAUUGGAAGAUGCUGCAGCUGAAGCGAAACAUCUGGGGAUCAAAGUGUUCUCCAUUGCCAUAUCUCCAGACCAUCUGGUAUGAAAUGCACACACACGGAUGCUAUUAGAGCAAUUGCUGCCCAUAAAUAGAGAGAAUCAAAGCAGAAACAGGAUAUUACUUAGUAGAUCUGGUUGAUCCUUUGGCUCCCAACAUCCCUACCAUGACCUGGAAGAUAGGUGAAAGGCCUCUCUCUAAACCUUGGAUUUUAAUAAUCUCUGAGGCAUUGCUAGAUCUCCAUGGAAAUACAGUAUUUCCAGAAAUGAUUCUGUUCUGCCACUGAUGCCAGGGCUAAGAAGAGGAAGAAAGCUAAGUCCACAAUUCCACACCCAUUUCCUCUCUCCACCAAUUUGUAUGUUUAAAAAGGUCAUUUUUGCCUGCUCUAGAAAUCACGGUGAAAUGCAGGCGAGAAAAAGUGACAGCUACAUAAGGUUUAACCCACAGGUUUUGUGAGUCAAAACCAGCAACUACUACUAAGAAGUUAUGGACAAGUAUCAAGCCUUGAACAACCACUUUCUGCAUUGGCAGCAAUCAACCAGUCUCUUCGGGUUAGGAAACCAUGAGUAAAGUCUCAGUAUGUCCAGAUCUGGAAGAAGAGUGAGUCAAAACCUUCCUGCUAGAUAGUCCCAGAAAAUGCUCUUCGUCUCAACCAUGAUUUGAAGUUUGUUUUAGUUCACCUCAAGGUUGAAAUCUGGCUCCCUGAAGGAACAUAAUUUUCUCAAAGAGCUCCACAUCACCCCUAACAUUACCGUCAGAAUUUUGUUUACAAUCAGCUUCAGUGGACAUGCUCAAGCGCCCCCUCCCAUUAAUAAAUUCCUCCAGUUUCCCUGUAAAUUAUUUUGCCAAAAAGUAAAGAAUCAGUUUCAACAAACUUUGCCCACAUCCAAGAGAAAAUAAUUCAGUUAAAAUGCGUUAUAUUAAAUGUACAUUUUGUCCGCAGUAUUCCUGCUAUUUAUGUCAUGAAAGCAAGACUCUUGACUAUAGAUAGGGUUGGCAGAUGGUGCCUUAACAGCCUUCAUCCAGCAUUUCUGGCUCUUGGGUCAUUCCAAUGGUGCCUGCCCAGCCAACUCCCCUGUAUGGUUUGUAGGUAGCUAUAACCAGCCUACUCUUAGAGAACGACUUUUAGAGAUUGUGAUUGCAUUGUAAGCUUCAUGUGACUACAUUUAUCUCCUAGCUUUCUGUAGCAAGUUUCUUCAUUGCAGUGCCAUCCGAUGAACAGAAUUACAUCAGUUCAGCAGCCCCAAGGAACUUAGAUUUGAGUGAGAAAGUAGCAGUCCUUCCAAAUCCCCCGGUUUCUCAUUUCUGCCCAUGUGCUUCUUUUGCCCUAGGAAUCUCGGCUCGGUGUGAUUGCCACAGACCAUUCCUAUCGUGAGAAUUUCACAGCAACUGGACGUCCAGCACGUGAUAUUGACAACACAAUUGACAAAAUCACUGCUAGAAUUGUAUGUAUCUGUCUUCCCUCUCUAUUUGUUCCGAGUCAAAUACAUUGAACCAUCUUGUGCCUCAUAUGACUUCUUUGUUGUUUAUUUAUUUCAGACAGAGACAGUGGAGCAAGAGGUAAGCUGUUUUUCCACCAAGGAAUAAUUUCCGACUUUUACAAUUUCCCUGUAUGUUUCCAUCAUUUAUUCUCCAGUAGAACUUCAGCUUGCAGAGCAAAUGUAAACCUGAGACCCAGGAUUCUCUUUUUCCGUUGCCUGUGUGUCAGAAAAAGGAAAUUAUUUUUCUCACAGAAUCAUGAGUCAGAGUUUGGCUUAGCAUUUCAUGCCAAGCAGAAACACUUUACUGGGCCUGUACAUUAGCUUCUUAAAAGCUAAUUAUAUGGUGGCUGAAACAACCUAAAGCUUUGUCUUCUCUCUACUUCCCUGCAUUUGGGGGCAAUCGUGGAGAGUGAUAACAUGAGAUUCCUGUGUAGGUGGAAGUUAUAGAUGACCAUCUGCUCACAAAGUUUCUGCUUCCAGACAGGCAUCUGGUCAUCCCUUUCCACCCUAAAGUACCCACCAACUGGAGCAUAAUGGAGAGGAACCCUUGGUCCAAGCUGAGGCUGCUUGUCAGUAUGGAAGGGUUUUGAGGAGAAAGGCCUAAAGGACCGAUUGCAUUAUUCAAGGAGCAAAAUAGACUCAUGUGCAGUUGUCACAUGCAAAUACAUUGCAUGCUUUGCAGGAAAAAGUCACAUGCAAAUAGACCGUUUUAUUCCAUUUAAAGGGACAUUUGUUUCAGAUUUGCCAACAUUUUGGUGUUUAGUCAAGCAAUGGAACUUUGCAGGGGUUUUUAGGGUGGUCUUUUGCUUCAGUUUACCAAUCUUGGUACUCAGUAGAUUAGUUUGCCAUCUAUCACAUGGAAGCCUAUGGCACAUAUCUAACUCCCCCUAGAGCUGACCAAAGCAAACCUUGGGGGAUAUGUUAAACUGUAGUUCAUUGCAUAAACAUGAAUAAAUGGUUUUUCUGCUAGAUUAGUAGAGAAAGAGUGCGUGUUCUGUGAAAUUGGUUUCCCGGUGAGUCCUUUGCUCUUCCUCUAAUGGUAUACUUUCUCUUUCUUGGCAGUGCUGCUCAUAUGAAUGCCAGGUGAGUGUCUAUCUCGUAAUAUAAAUCAUAUUUAAUGUCAAAAUGGUCCCAUUUCUCUGUUCAAAUCACUAACUCUUCACUGUUCUUUUUGCAGCCUGCCCGAGGCCCCCCGGGACCAUUAGGGGAUCCAGGAUAUGAGGUUGGUAUUUUACUCAAUUUGCCACACCUAUAAGGCUGAAUGUGGAAAAUCUAACAAGUUUUGAGGAAUACACUGCCACUGGUGGGACAAGGAGACUGACAGUGGCAAAAACAUGUGACAUUUGCAAGGUAUUCCACCCUUCCAGUUUUUCAGCCAGUGACACAACCGUCUUUGUCUACUGCUGGUCAAUGCCAGGUGAGUAAGUGGGAAAAUAGAAGCCAGCCAGGAUUUAAUCCUGAAUGAGCUUAAAGGUGCUGCUGGAUCUAGCACCACACUGGGAUGUACAGGCGGCACUGAUAGCUGGUGUGCACUUUAAAAGCUUAGAUUUGCCAGCUGCAACUUUUCCUGGAAAGAAAUUGCUUAGCCACAGUGAUUCUGGCCUUAUUCACAUCUGGAUUAGUCCACCAAAAUGAGCUCCUUGAAAAGUAAUUAGAAACACCACUUAGUUCCAAAUGCAUCUGUCUGAGGGCUGCCUGGUGCAAGCUGUGUGCAGAACGCGGUCCCAAUUUUGCAGUAGCUUAACUGUCUUCUGGUUUGCUUCCAGGCAAUAUUUAAAGGGAUGACUUGAAUCGCCAGAGCUCUAAGUGGGAUCGACCCAGAAUACUUUAAGAAAUAAGAGCUGUCUUCUCCCAUAAGAACUUACCAAUGUGAUGAGAUCUUUCUUAGGGGUCCUAUUUCAUAUGCUUCCCUUGUACACCUGCCACCCCUUGUACUUUGGACAAUGUGAGCUUGCAGAAGAACCAAAGAGCACAGCAUAAAUUUCAAAGGGUGUUUUUUAAAAUUUGUUUUUACUGAAGAUUUUUUUGUGAUACAAAGCAAGCAAAUAAGUAAGGAAAUGUACAUAUAACAUAUCCACUUUCAAUUCAUAGUCUUUUUCACAGCUCGUUUACAUUCUGUAUGAAACACUAUUGUCCCAGACAUUGGUGGGGAAAGAUGAGGUGGGAAUGCCCCAAAGUUCAAUCUUUUGGGAUAUCAGUGCUGCUGGAAAUCUCCACAGGGUGUAUCUUUUUAAAAAAACUAUAUUACCGUAUUAUGAUAACCUUUUUAGUUUAAAUUGUAGUGUGGGGACUUUUACAUUAAAAGCAGGUUGCAAAUACUUUAAUUAAUAAAUGCUAUGACGCGGGUGGCGCUGUGGGUUAAACCACAGAGCCUAGGACUUGCCGAUCAGAAGGUCGGCGGUUCAAAUCCCCACAAUGGGGUGAGCUCCCGUUGCUCAGUCCCAGCUCCUGCCCACCUAGCAGUUUGAAAGCACGUCAAAGUGCUAGUAGAUAAAUAGGUACCGCUUCAGCGGGAAGGUAAACGGCGUUUCCGUGCACUGCUCUGGUUCGCCAGAAGCAGCUUAGUCAUGCUGGCCACAUGACCUGGAAGCUGUACGCCGGCUCCCUCGGCCAAUAAAGCGAGAUGAGUGCCGCAACCCCAGAGUCGGCCACGACUGGACCUAAUGGUCAGGGGUCCCUUUACCUUUACCUAUGUUGUGGUGAUGUCUGUCAUUUGUCUAAUGUUGUUGUUAAAUGUAAUUUAGACGUCCUUCUGUGUUGCAAAGGGCCAACUACUUAAAGCUGCCGUUUGAAAAUGUCUGCAGUGUGGCAGAUUUUUUUAAAAAAACAAACAGAUUUACAAGAACAACGUGGUGGUGGCUUCACCAAUUAAAUGGGCUCUUGGAAGGAAACUCAUCUCAUUCACAAGUCUGAGGAUAUUCUUGGUCCCCAAUACACACUCCCCACCCCCCACCCCAUGCAUUUGUAUAGAAUUGUAGAGUUGGAAGGUAUCCCAAGGGUCUCCUAGUCUACAUAGCUGUCAACUUUUCCCUUUUCUUGCGAGGAAUCCUAUUCAAAAUAAGGGAAUUUCCCUUUUAAAAAAGGGAAACGUUGACAGCUAUGCCUAGUCCAACCUCCUGCAAUGCAGGAAUCCUAGUCUAUGGAACUGAAUGUAAAAUCAAAAUUGUGUCUCAUGUUUACUUCUGUUUUGUUUCAGGGAGAAAGGGGGAAACCUGGCCUUCCUGGUGAAAAAGGAGAUGCUGGAGAACCUGUAAGUCGCAGUUAUUUGACUGGGAAAUAAUCAAGUAAAAUAAAACUUUGUUUAGGGAAACCUAUUGAGAAACCUUCUCUGGGUGCUGUGAAGGCUGAUUCAUGCUAUUUACACAUUUAUGCAGAUGACCACCAUAAUUUAUUUUUUAAAUUUUUAAAUCUGAAGAUCACAGGGCAAUUCACAACAUAAAAAUACAAAAUAAGAACACAAAUUAUGAAGCAAGAUUAUGAAGGGAAGAUUUAUUUAUAAAAAUCAAAGGCCCUCAUUUGUCAUUGCAUCUUCUGUAGCAAUGCCCUUGCAUACCCUUCUGAAGGUCACUGAAUGGAGCCCAGGCAGAUAACAAUGCAAGUACCAAAGACACUUCAAGCGAGAGACUGUACACAAGUGUUUAUAUGCUAAUGUUAGAAGCGUCUGAGCCAAGAAGGGUGACGUGAAGUGCACUGAUAUAUUGCAUAAAUGAAACCUGGUGGAAUGGAGAGAACCAGUGGGACAUAGCUAUCUCAGUAUAUAAACUCUACAGGAAGGGCAGAGAAGGAUGUACCAGAGGUGGUGUCGCUCUGUACAUCAAAGGGAACACCAAGCCCAGCAAGCUAGAUAUCCCAAGCGGGGAAGACUGCUCCACAGAAUCAUUGUGGGUGGUGAUACUGAUGGUCCGUGAGUGAAGCAAUUUCCCCUGACCCUGGGGGGAGUUUACAAAGCUAAUUACCCUCUGUCAUCUUUCUUUAUUCCUUUGCCAAUGAUCUCCGGUUGCCGUGGGAGCUACUCCAUUAAGGCAAUCGGAUCCGGAAGCCUCAACCCAGAACCUCACCUUGAGUGGGGCCCAGCAUGAGACAGCCAGACUUGAGAGCCAUUGGUGGAUCUUCCCCUCUGCUGCUCCCUGGCCCUCAUGAGGGUUUCUCUGCCCGUUAAGUAAGAUUAGCAAGAGGCCUCAACCAGGCUUAGGCUACAUUGAGUCACCCCACCCCUAUAUUUCCAGCCCUUUAACUUACAUCUCUUUUUUGCCAGGUGUUGGCCAAGAAGCCAACAGUAACAUAUUCUACCCUCAGAUUUAUUUAUUUGUUACCUGGCUUUGGGGAUCCACCUCUUUCAAAGCACAAACAAGGCAGGGUUAUUCAGUCCUCUUUGGGAUACAAUUUGCUAACAGGGUGGAGUGUGUGUGUGUGUGUGUGUGUGUGUGUGUGUGUGUGUGUGUUCCUUGUUCCCUCCUCUUUAAAAAACCAAACCAAACCUGGGUACUUUUAGUUUGGGAGGUGGCGAGUUUCUCCCACAUCUCCAAAGGGAUGGUUACUCAUAUUGUUUGUUUUUAGUUUGGAAGAUCAGGAAACAGCACUUCAUUCAUUUAAAUUUUUUUCUUUGGUUUCAUUUUCAUGCACUCAUUAGGUAGGGGUUUUUUCCUUGGGUUUUCAUUCUGAUUUUAGUGGGGAGAUUGAAUGCCUUCCCUGGCUGUCCAGAAAACUAAUUGAAUUUCCAUCAGCCAGUUAAGCAGAUAGAGGUUUCGGGGCAUGAUCAGAGUUGCAGACCCACAAGAGCUUCCUCUUCUCAUCCACGAAGACAGAAGCGACCCAGGCAAAGGCGUCUCUUUCACAAAGCUUUUAGAGUUUGCUGACUGCUGGUUUUAUAAGCCAGACUGCUGUUGGCAUUUUGAUUCACUCAGCUGUUUGGACUGUAUGUAAUGAGUGUUGGUUUUCUUUUAGUUUCCUUUGUAGCUAAUCACCUUGUGGAUCGAAAGUGGGGUACAAAUAGUUUUAUGUAUUUAAACAGUAAAUUAAAUACACUGGGAGUCAUCAAGUGAAGACAGGAUUCGAAAGGCAGUUUGAAUGCCUCCUUUCUAUAUCCCUGGGCCUUCAUUUUCUGAGCAAAGAAUGUGUGUUGCAACUUACUUUCACCACAGUUAGGGCUCGUUUACAUCCCGCUUCUUCCGUGCCUAGAGAUCACAGGGCUGGGUGCCUUUCCACUUGUCCCAUGCUUUCUAGGGAUGAAUCCAAGUGGUUUUGCCUUUGCAAAGCUGGUUUCCCUGGGAAAACCCACUCUAGUGCUGAAUUGGAGCAAAUGUCAAUCUGCAAAAACCCAACUGAUGUUUGCUUCAAAUUCAGCAGCAAAGGUUGGGUUUUCCCAGGUGAAAAUGGUGGGAUGAACCCUUAGAAUGGCUGCUUGUCUUCACCCACAAUGACAUACACGGAGUACAUUAAAAGUUAUAGAAUGUUAUUAAUGUACAAUCUUUCAUGUCCUGUCCAUUAUAAUAAAAUUGCUUUUGCCUAAAAAUCUUCAGAUACUAGUGCAUAUGACAGCAGAUGUCUGAUUACUUUGUGCAAAGUGGUUUGUGACUUUUCUUAUUAUUACUUUAUUCUAGGGGAAGCAAGGUGACCCAGGACCCAUUGGUUACCAAGGCAUGAAGGUAUACUGUUGGUUAACGGAUUGCUUAAUUUGACUUUCUAUAGUUAAAUUUUGUCUCAUUUCUUCAUUUUGUAAUGUGUUUUUCUCCUUGUCCUGUUUAGGGAGAAAAAGGUACCCGAGGUGACAAGGUGAGUGUGCCAUUGAUUAAAAGUGCAACCCUACAGAAGGCAAAGAGUCUGCUCAAUAAUAAUAUAAAAAAUCCAAAAUGGUCCACUCACCCUCAUGGUGCCACGGUGUUGCUGGUGUCAAGGGCCCGGAGAAGAAUCCCAGGAUUGGCCUCCUGUCCUGAUGGGCGGAGCCAGUGAAAGCCUAUCAGGAGCCAGAUCCUAGCCUGCACCCAAGAUUGACGAAUGGAGGUGCAGGCUCGGAUGCAGGCUGGCCAGGGGGGGCGGAGCUGAUGGAGCAGAAGGGCUUCCCUCCCGUCUGUGCCCUGGCCACUUAAACAACCCUUACCUGGAGCUCUUACCUGUUCAGCUUUUACUAUCACAAAAAUAUCACAAAAUAGUUAGCACUGUAUACAGCACAGUAUAAAGCCCUGGCCAUUAGCAUCCGAUUAUAAGUAGCAGUUUGGAGUUGAAUACAAAGGGGUUUGUUUUGCUUUUUGUCAGAACCAAAACAGUUAAAUUAUGCUUUUGUUGGUUAUAGAUAUGUCAGUGGUGAUGGGUGGGAACUGAAAUAUUUUGUAAGUUUCCACUUACCCACCUUUUUUUUAAUGAGAGAACAAUCUCUCCACAGUUAGCGAGGGAAUUCCUAGACUGUGGUCUGAGGACAUAUGAUAAAGAUGCCUUGCUGGAUUUAAGCAGGUUUGGAUCUGAUCAAUGCCAGGAUGAAAAGCCACCUGGGACCAACCCCUGGUUGGUUAGGUGAUCAGUGAGGCAUAUUUCAGUAGCUGGUACCACAAACUAAAUCAUCUUCUCAUCCACAGGGCUCAAGAGGUGCAAAAGGAGCCAAGGUAUGUAUUGGGGGUUUUUUUUGGGGGGGGGUGGAUGCUACUUCAAAAGUUAUGCUGGAGACAACAAACAUUGUUUUUACAUUUUUUGCAUUUUUUUCUCCUUUCAGGGAGAGAAAGGCAGGCGUGGCAUCGAUGGUUUAGAUGGCAAGAAGGUAUGGUUAAUAUUUUCAUGCACAGGGCACAAUCUCUAUGUUUUUCCUAACAAAGAAACGUAUGUAAGUCAGAGCAAAUGUGCAUGAAAAAUAUUUGCAACAGGGCCUGAAAAGGCUCAUUCCAAGAAAAUCACCACUAAAUGUGUAAUGGUAAGAAGAACAGAGAUGCAGAAGGAAUAGCCAAUGUGAUGAGCAUCCAAGCGCUCAGAGGGGAAAUCACCAAAUGCUUAAGCUGGAAUGCUGGAAUGAGCAACGCAGAUCUUUUUAGACUGCAUUAAAGCUGUGUACACAUUACCAACAUAAAACAUGGCUGGGUUCUUAUUUUUCCGGGUUCAGGCAGAAGCUGGUUUGUGGGGAAAUGAAUCAAAACACAGGAUGGAUUCAGGGUAGAUAUGGAGUCAGGUUAAUGUCAUGGGCACACUUUCCAGACCAGGAGUGGGAGUCCACUGUUUGCAGAGCAGGUGGGGCUGCCUAAGUCUGAAGAACUGUUUGCCAUGUAUCAAAGCCAGUUGCUUCCCUUAUUAUUAUUUUUAAAAAGCUCACUGAUUUAGUUUCUUUGGGUAAUUUCACUUUCUGUGAAUGCUAUAUAGUAGCCUAUUGCAUGCUGCUGAUCACAGGAAGAAGCAACAACAAUGGCAGGGUAUCAAUCCGGACAACUUUUCUUUCCUUACAGGGUGAACAAGGAUUUCAUGGGUUACCAGGAUGCAAAGGAUCCCCAGGAUUUGAUGUACGUAGGUUCAACAUACUAGAUCACCCUAGGCUUGUAGCAGCAGAGAUCUGAGUCUGCAAUAGUGGAUGCAGGUUUUUAGAUAAGAGGGACAUGUUUUAUGUGUUUUUAUCUUAUGCUGGUCUACUGCAGCUGAGAGGAUGAGUAUGUGCAGCCUCUACUUCUGCAGUUGCCUUAUUGCCUAUCUAGCAUGUUUUAUUUGUGUAUGGAGGUGCUUUUACCUUAUGCUAGUCUAUGACCGUAACAAAUAUUUGGAUUGGAUUGGAUAUAGUUGCACUCCUAGAGUCAAGUGUGAGCAGCAGAAUCUCACAAGUGGAGGAGAAACUGCAACAUGGGAAAGUUUGAAAUGCAGUGCUGGGAGAUUGAGGGAGGCUGUGGCCAAACAUGUACCUGAGGAUCCCAGGGAAAAAUCAGCCCCUACCCUUGAUGAGGAUCAUGGCAAUAUGUUAACAUAUGUGAUUUAUCUUUGUUUCCCACAUACACUGAUUGCAACUUGGUUUCAAACAGGGCUUACAAGGACCUCCUGGGCCAAAGGGGGAUCUAGGUCCUUAUGGACCCAAAGGAAGAAAGGUGAAUAAUAAUCUGUUUUCUUUGUUAUGGCUUGGAGCAGUAUAGCUAUCUGUUUAGGUCAGGGAACUGUUCUAUGCUGAAAGUCAGGUGGAAAUUGAACAUGAACAUUUCACCACACUUGCAGAACAACGCUUGGGGAAGAGGCCUAGUGAGUUGCACUGUUCCCGGCUGUUGCUUUGCUAGGGCGACUUUGAUUGCCUAAAAUGAUCAUGCACCCUUUAUCUGCCCUUUUUUUUUUUUUUUGCAAAAGAAGUGUGAUCGACAUCAUGGUGUUGAAAAACAAUCUUAUUGCAGCAAAAUUUAUGUUGUACUGAGGCUUCAAGUUUUCCUAGCAACACCUUUUCAAGAAUGCACUGAGACUUGCAGUGAAGCAAAAAAGGAAAAUGUUGGUUAUCAUGAGUUCCUGCACUUUGGAACUCCCUGUCUGGUGAGAUCAGGCGGGUGCCUUCCCUGUGCUCUUUUCAGCACCCGCUUAAAACAUUCCUGUUUAGACAAGCCUACCCAGCUGCUUAAAAAGUUGAGGUAAUUUUGAUCUGUUUUAAUAUUUCAACUUGUGUGUAUUUUAAAGUAGGGUUGUAUUUUCUCUUGAUUUUACUGUUUUAUCUUUUGUAAACUGCAUUGAGGGGUUUUUUUUUUUACAACUGAGUGGUGUGUAAAUUUUGAGAAAUAAAAAUAUAUAAAUAUAUAAAUAAAGCCGUGAAGAUGACUUGAGACAGUCACACCUAGUCCCCAAAUCUUCACACUUUCCCCUCACAGGAUAUUUUCCAUACUUUAGUGAAGAUUAAUAGAGUCUAGAUGUGUGUUUCUUUGGAGCGUUUGUGACAAAGAGGGAUAAAAAAAUUGGUAGUAAGAUAUCCUUCCACUCUACAUGGUUGACAUUCUGUGUCAUCCAAAUACCCAAAUAAUCGCCUACCACAAACUUUGGUCUGGUUGGUUAAUGCCAAGGAAGUGGCUCAGAGUAGCUUAUAUAGUGUUGCAUGGAAGGGAACUGUAACACACAUGCUUCAAUUACUGUCCCAUUUUGGAGGGACAUUUAACACUGUAUCUCUCAAAUAAAAUGAACUGCUGGAGGACCAAUAUACUCACUCUGCAAAAAUGGGUGUUCUUCUGUCCACUUUUGUGAUAACCACUAUACCACACUGACUCUCUAAGGUGGCAGGUCUUGAGGUCCUGUAUACACACUGGUCACCAUCGUACAUAAGGGAUUAGAGCCAAGUUAUCAAGAAUGAUCAACCAGGGGGACUUGCAUACACUUCCCUUUCCUCUGCUGUUUCCAGGUAGAUGGCCACACUUUAAAGCUCUGUGUCCAAGUCCCAACCCCACAACCUGAGCUUUCCCUGCUCUUUAAAGCUUAACCAGAGCAAAUCGCACUUUGUGGGAAAUGUGAAUUUGUGUUUUCUCUGAUGGAACACUGAAGAGUGCGUUUUUGUGAGGAAAGUUCUGGGGCAAAACAGAAAUGCUCAGACAUGGGGCUUUUAAGCAGAGACUUAUGCCUGAAAGAGUGGGGCAAAAGGUAAAUGUGGAUAAGCCCAGAAUCUAGAUUUCCCAGCAUACUUGUGAACAGGACUAGGAAGAAAUUCUCCCAUCACCAGCUGAUUACUGAACAUUGGUUCCUUCCAGUUUGGGGCCUACUGUUGUUCCUCUGAAAGUUCUUGAGCUCUUGAUCAAGGCUGGUGCCUGCACUCUGGGGCAGAUCAAAAUUAUGCACAUGCUUACAGAUUAUAAUUUAAAAACUGGACGAUUGAAUUUAAAAUAGUGAGUCAUAUUUAGCUUCACAAUUCUGUUUUGUGUCUGGGUUUAUUUCCUUCAAGGGAGAGCCUGGGCUUAGUGGAAGACCAGGCAGGACAGGAAACUCUGGAAGUCCUGGAGAUAAGGUAAGGUUGAAGACAUGGCCUGUAGACAAUCACUCAGUUCUUUUCCAUACUGCAAUGAUGUCCUCAAUGUCUCUGUUACCUACACACUCUCUUUGCAAGGAGUCAGUUAAGAUGAAAUGGAGCUUGGUGUUCACCAUGCUUAGUUUCCCCCACAAGUUCAUGAAAGAACAGCCAUCUGGCAGUGAAACAACAAUCCCUUUGCAUUUGAGAAGAUCUGUCUUUCUACCCAGCUCUGAUAUGUGUUCUAAAUGUCUAUGGAGUUAGCGCUGGGGUCAGCGUAGUCAGGUACCUGCUAAAACCCAUGGCUCAGCUCAAGUAUAUUUCUGCCUGGGGCCCAUUGGCUUCUGCUGUUCCCUGUUGCUGCCCAAAGGUGACGAUGGGCCAGAGAGCAAGCAGGGGUAAUGAGAAAGGGGAGAAGAGGCAGUUGCCUCGCUCUUCUCCCUCCCUCUGAGAUAUUAUGAAGAUUGGGACCCUGGACCCUAAAAUGGUGGGCUGCACGAGCAGCGAAGGUGGGAGGGAGAACAGCAUUGACAUCUGCCACCUGCCCACUCAGUUACUUGCAGAGGCCCAGAGAGAAAGGGGCAAGGGCCAUCUUGCCUGAAAACCUUUAAUUUGGCUUAAGUCGCCUUACUGGCCAAAGUGGGGGCCCAGAGAGAGAGGAUGAAUUGUUCUCUCUAGAGGAGGCUAUGCUUUUAUCUUCAUAUCUCCCGGUAUGCCCCACGGAGAGCCUCAAGGUCCAUAAAUAGCAACACCCUAGUGGUUCCGGGCCCUAAGGAAGUUAGAUUAGCUUCAACCAAAGCCAGGGCCUUUUCAACACUGGCUCCGGCCUGGUGGAACGCUCUGCCUCAUGAGACCAGGGCCCUGUAGGAUCUGAUUUCUUUCCGCAGGGCCUGUAAGACAGAGUUGUUCCACCUGGCCUUUGGCUUGGAGCCAAUUUGAUUCGCUCCUCCUCUUUCUUUCUUUUUUCUUUUCCUUUCUCCUCCUGCAAUGAGGUUUCAAUAUUUUAAUGUUGUAUUUUAAUUUUGUUUUUAAGUUGUGUUCAUUCAAUUUGUUUUUAUUAUUGCUUGUUAGCCGCCCUGAGCCCGGCCUUGGCUGGGGAGGGCGGGGUAUAAAUAUGAUGAUUAUUAUUAUUAUUAUUAUUUAUUAUAACAAAAUUCAGUAACAGCCAUUUUCCUUCAAGCUUUGGCUUCCAACCUGCUUUCAUUUUUCAUAUAAUUCAUCCAUAUGAAGAAACACCUGAAAGAACAAGACUGUGGAAGAUUAGCAACUAAAUAAAAGAUACCCUCCCAAUGCACCACUUUUUCAAAUUUUGUCUGUGUAAGCAAAUAUGUCAAUUUUGAAUGACAUCUCCAAAGAAGACCAUCAUGUUUUGGCAGAUAUAUCCAUUUCUGUUCUUGAGAUCAACUCUUGUCAUGUGGCACACAGCUGGUGCCUGAGCUCCCAGUCACUUAUUUUGGAAUCCUUUCAUUUUAAUGUGCUUAUUUCUUGUCUCGCAUGUGUUUGUUUAGGGACCAUCUGGAGAGUCCGGAGCGCCUGGAGAGAAAGGAGAAAUGGGAGAUGAGGUAGACAUGUAAAAAUUCUCCAUUGUCUAAAUGACCAGAUUGCUACACAGAUUGGUUUUAACAUUUCUUUCCUAUUCUUAUAGGGAAAUCCUGGCCCAGAUGGCCCCACGGGAGACAGGGUAAGGCUACUGUUUUCAUUACAGGGGAAGUAUGCCUGUUGGCUAGAGUAACCAACAAUAUGAGGACUCGAGGCACCGAUUUUGAGUAUUCCUCUGAAAACCCAACAUAGCAGUAGUUGAGACAUGGAGGGCUGAUUAAAAGCCAUGGGGAUGACCUGGCACAGAAUGCAGUGACCUGUGAAGUGCUGCAGUGAAGAACCUUCUUCAACUCCUGGCUCCAACCUUGUCACUGGAGGUUCUGGUGGCCUCAGUAGCUGGGAGUGCUUGUUUCCUACUCUGGUAGGUUUGCCAGCUGCAGUCCUUUUGGGUCAGGGAUUACUUGACCACAGCACUCUGUGCUCUGGCAACGUCCAGACUGAACUAUUGGAAUGUGCUCUGCACAGGGCUGCCCUUGAAGUUGCCACAAAGGCUUCAACUGGUCCAAAAUGCAGCAGAGACACUAUUGGCUGGGGUUCCAUUCAGAACUCACAUAAUCCCCAUUCUAAAACAGCUGCAUUGGCUGCCAGUUUGUUUCUGGGCCCAGUUCAAGGUGUUCACAUGAGUGCUAAAGCCCUCAGUGACCACCUAAGAGAUUCUUUCAGGAGUUAAGGGACAGUCUUCGUAGUUUCUUAUAGGUUUGGGGGUGGCAGAAUGGGAGAAGGCAUUUUCUGUAGCAGCACCUAAGCUGUGGAAUUUCCUCCUCUCAAAGGUGAGUGUUGCAUAGUUUUUGUCAUGUCCUGAAGACACACCUCUUUGACACCUGAGAUACAACAGCAGCAACAACAGUGGCAAAACAAUAAUAAAGCAGAGGAAACCCAUUUUAAAAGCCUGAUGGAAUAAAAGAAAGCUUUGGCCUGCCACCAGAAUGGUCAACAGAGUGCACUCCCAGGGUAAAAGUGUGCAGUCCAGGGAAACCACAUACAAGGUGCCACAACCAAGAAUGCCUUCUUCCUUGUUGCUCUGGGCUGCCUGAGGAAUUGAGCAUUGCCAUCAUUAUUAUUCUUUUAUGAUGUUGAUACAUCCCUUAAGUCACAGCUGUCCCAGGAGAUCUCCCCCUAUCCCCAGCAUGUUCUCAACUACCUUCUCAAUGGGCUUUUGAGGACGAGCUCUUAUACUACCUUCCCCACUCAGUUCUGCCAGAUGAGAGAAAACCACAACACAGUCGCAUCGUCGUGUAGCCAUCAGAUAACAAAGCUGACUGCUAUGGCUGUCAGUCAAAUUCAUAGCUGAAUCUAGUGUACUACAAUUUCCUCAUCUCUGACAUGUUCUUUAUCACACAGGGUGCAAAUGGAGAAAGAGGGCCGCUAGGGAACCCUGGUACCCGUGGACCAAGAGGAGAAAAGGUAAACAAGCAAAUCCCGAAAUAAUAUUUCAGUAGAGCUUGUUGUCUUUCCACUCACUGCCUUAUUCAAUCUCAAGCAUGCAUGGAAACUGUCCAAGCUGUGCCAGGCAGAGAGGUCUGCUAUAUGCUAGCUGGAUUUGUUUUUGUCCUUAAAUGGGGCCACUCAAAGUUCUGCAGCAGUCCCUGGCAUUUUACCCUUCCCAUGCGCAAUGUCACAACGAUCAUGUGCCCUGUUCCUGCCUUGUGGCCUGAAGCAAGUGCAGACCACCACAGCUUUGGCAGCCCUCAAUUGCCAGUUCAUAAGCUCUGGUCUCCAGCACUGACCUACCGCCUUCCCUCUCCUCCUGCCAGGGCUGCAUCAGAGCAAGGUAUGAAAAAUGUGCAUUUGUUCAGUGCAGGACUUCCUCAAGGGGCCUUGUAUCCCUUCCAAGACUGUGCUUCCUACCAUACGUGUUGUUGCCCAAAUAGCCGUAAAACAGCAGGUGCAGCAUACUGGGGUUGAGAAGGGGGAGGGAGCCACUGACCCUCCUGCCCCACAGCUGGCAUCAUACAUGACGUCAGGUGUGGGGCAGGUAAAGGCAGGGCUCCACAGGAACAACCCAGAUCUUACAGCUUCUGUGCUCUGCUCAUCCAUCAGCCAACGAGCAGUAGUCUGUCUAGUAGAAGAAAGGCACAAAUAUAUCUUUAGAGCCGGAAAAUGUAGUUGUCCUUCGUGAUAUUCACAAGUUGCACGAGGCAUGAAGACGGCUACAUAAUGUAAAGAUUCAAGCAAACUUUGUAUGAGAUGUGGAAUAAAGUGCAAAGCUGUAGAGUGGUUUGGGUCAAACAUUGCUGAAGUGCCUGAACAUCUAAAAAAAGCCUUUUCCUUUUGCUUCCUAAAUUACCCAUUUCUAUUAAAACCUGUUUAUGUACUGAAUUUCUUACAGCUCUGUUGGCUUGGAGGAUCUGCAUGACUCACUGGGGAGUUUCUGGAUUGCAUUCAUAUAUUGGUGCUAAGCAAACCAAGAACAGUGCAGUUGUAGAGGGGAGGGGAGAAUGUUUCUUUUCAGGGAGAGGGUUCAGCUCCUCCAUACGAACUGGGCGUAAGUAGGAAAAUAUUUUAUAUGUCUGUCCCAAGCUGAAUCACCCAACAGGCACAUGAGCUGGACAACUUGCAGAGUUUAUCUAUCCAAAACCAACAUGGGCAGUGGCGCAACUUCUGCCAGGGAGAACGGGAAAAUGUUCUGAUGCCACUGAGAAAAAUUAGUGCUGUUAAAUAAAAAAAAAUUCAGUAAGCAUUGUGCAUUUAAAUCAUAGGUUCCCCUUCAUUUCAUCUGCUCAAGACCUCCCAGGGGAAAAAAGAGACAUUUUGCAUUCUACCAUAUAAGCCUCAGGGGUUGUCUUUUUCUCUUCCAGCUCACUUGGUCAGUCUGUAAGGUGUCUUUUGAAAACCUUAUCGUGAAAAUACAUCUCUGUAACAUUCAACUAACCCCACAGUCAACAUUUUGAGCCUAAGCUUCUAUUACAUCAGUUCAUCUGGGCCAAUGUCAGCCAGAGCAUGCUCUGCCUUAAUGCUCUGUGUCCGAGCAUGGGGUUGUUGUGGGGUUUUUUGGGGGGUUGCCCUGGGCUUUCCCACUGAAAAUCCAUUCUUUAAAGCUGAAUCAGAUCAAACAUCAAUUCAGGUUAUCCGCAGAUUGGCGCUUGUUCCAAUUGAGCUUUAAAGAGGGUUUUCAUCGGGAAAGCUCUGGAACAAAACAAAAAAAGGAUGUGUAUGCUCCAACACAGAGCUUUAAAUCAUGGACCAUGCCUGGGAAGAGUGGAGGAAAGGUAAGUGAGGCUAAGCCCUUAGACAUCCUCCCAAGUAAGGGCUAUAGAAUGGCAGCUUAAAGGCCAACCUCCUUUCCUCUGUUAGGGUUGUGCAAGAGCUUGUCUUGGACUCUGCCCAUUAUGCAUGCUUUCGUUUGAGUCGUGUGUCACCGUGUGUUAGUCUGGUGUGAAGAAACCUCCUGUCCUAACUGCAAACAGUUUGCUCUCUGCUGUCAUGCAUAGUGGAAAUGGAGCCCAUACAAACAUACAAACCCAUAAAUCAGCUUGAUGUGCUGGGCAGGCACAGCAGGAGGAAAGUUCAAGUCUCAUCUAAAUUUCAGUUUCCUGUUUACAUCUCAUGUUUUCACAAACAGCAGUUCAACUGUACUUUGUGAACCAGAUGUGGAUAGAUGUGCCAGCAGAGUGCCUUAAAUUAGGGCUCUUUGAAAGGGAGGAAAGAGGGGAGCUCCCAAGGUUUAGGCGCUUUCACAAAUGCUGAUCUUCAGAAUGCAUUUGAGCCUCUUCCACAGACAGCAAGCGUUCAACAGUCACUCCUCUGCUUACCCCAGCUUCUCUAAUUCCAUAUAAAAUGUUGGACAAGUUGCUUGUUUCUGUUUGCCAGGCUUUCUCUCUGGAGGACUGUCCUGAGGCGUCAGCAUUAAAGUGCUCUGAGAUUAACCCAACCAUUAUGACUUCUUGCAGGUGUGGAAUAUGGUGUUCUAGACACUUUCCAAGAUUGACAGGAAAGUAGUUUUUCAUUGUCAUUAGAUGCUUAUUGUGUUGAUUCAGUUACCUAAGAAUGGAUGUGGGCCUUGAGCCAGAUUCAUUAGCACAAUGAAAAAGAGCAUCUGUGCCCCCUCCAGCAGCUCUGUGGGGCAAAAGCCAGGAAAGUCAAAUACCCAUCAUGCAGGUGUCAUCACACACACAUGUAAACAUUUAAGUAUAGUUUCUGCAUCAGGUUUGGAGCUACACUCCGCAGGCAAAAGACCCAGGAUGGGGCAUCAAUACCGCUGAAGUGUUGCUUGUUUGUUUAUAGAUCUAAAUAAACAAUAUAAAAUAAUUGGUUCAGCAUCACAUUACAAAAUACAAUUGUUUCUUGCUUGUAAUGAACAGUUAACAUGCCUUCCCUCAAGGUUGCGGAUCUGCUGUAGGCAUAUCACAUUUUUCAAGUACUCACACAACAGCAUAUUUUCCAUAGGAAAAAUGUGGUUCUUCUGUAGUACUAGAGCUGGAAUUAGGGUAGUAGCCAUUCUUAGAAGGCAAAGCUGCUCCCAUCCUGGAGGGAAGCAAAACGGAACUUGGUCCCUCCUGCCAUUUUGUCUUUUGUGCCUCUCUGGAAGCCUCUUCAGAUCAGUCCAGUCUGGUAUCUCUCCCCUCCCUGCCUGCCCUCUCCUCUCUGCCUGUCAGAGGAAGGAAAAAGGGUUCUUCUUCAGAGUGAGGCAUUCUCAGUGAGGUGGUCUAGGCAAGGGCCUGCCAGUCUCUUUUGCUAAUUCCUUAAGUUUGGAGAAUGCCUAUCCAUCUUGGAAAAGCAGCCAUGAUACAGGAACUCUCCCACAGUGGCUUUCUGUGAGGAAAGACUCCACUUCCCUUCCUCAGAGUGAGGCAGAGAAAGGGACAAGGCACAGCGCUGCUGCUGUGUUAACCAACAGCAAAAAACAAUAAAAAUAAGAGAAGCAGGAGAAGGGGCAGCAGUGGGAGGGGGCAGUUGUUUUGUUGCCUUCAAGUGGCACCAGAUCCGACACUAUCCCUGAGAGGUAGCUCAGACUGAGGGAGAAGGUCUGGCCCAAGGCCACCCAGUGAGCUUUGGGACUGGGCUGAAAUUGGGCCGUGGUUUCUCUAGUGCUGCCCUUAACUAUUGCAAGACAGUAAAAAUAUACUCUUAUGGAUGUGAUAGGGCAAGGGCAAAAAGCAACCAAAUGUUUAGGUGUUAUCUUGUGUUUGUGCAGGGAAAUGUACAUUCUGAACUGGUACUUCUGUCAGGGUCACUUAUUCCUCCUUUUAAGACCAAGAAUCGGAUUAUGUGAGAGCAGCUUCUCCAGCUUUGCAGAGAACUGGCUGCUGAUAUCUCUGGCUCCCAAUGCACAAGGCAGAAGCUGUGGCAUUUCCUGAUUUUUCAGUGCAGCCAAAUACUCCACUCAUGUCAAGGUUUGGCACCACUGAGAAGGAAGAGGAACUGCCAUGUGCUUCUUGGGAUGGGCCGCUCCUCUAAUGUAUUCAUUUCUGCAAACAAAGAAAAAACUGUCCUCUAAAGGUACCCGGAGGAGUCUGGCCCUCCAUUGCAGGGGCCCAUCAGAAGUGGAGGACUCAGCCCCAGCCGCACAGCCUCUGCUCAUCAUGGGUGAUGGAAGCUGUAGCCCCCACUCCUGCUCCAUUGCCAUAGAUGCCACAGGGCUGCUUUCCUCUUGGAAAGUGGGCUGUCAAGUGACUUUCUCUCCACAAGUGAUUUCUCGGCUGUGGGGCUGCAAAAAGCCAUUCUGCUUCCCAUCAGAACCCCAAGUUCUUUUAAUUAAUACAAAUCAGCUCAGCAAGGCCACCAGGGAGCUGUUGGUAAAUGCCUGUUGCCAGUCAGUUUCCACGUAUGCCACUAUCCUUCUCUUCUUGCCCUUCUCUUGUAUAACAAUCCCAUAGGUAUUUGCACAACAAUGUUUUGGCUGCCUGCAGAAAGUAAGACUGCACACAGAGAAUUUGAAAUGGGGGGUGAAUUGUCCAGACCAUUUUUUAAGCAAGAGUGUAGCCUUGGUUGGGCUGUGAGUAGAGUCACUCAUAGUGAACCUCUGCUGAUAAAGGACUGAGAAGAGAAGGGCCAAAGUGGACGGGAUUUUGGCUGUGGGCAAAGGGCCAACCUGCUCCAUGGAUACCCUGCCAUGUACAAACCCUUCCCACACAAGCGGACGCGGGACUCAUCCACACUGCCGCUUGUCUCAGGCUUUCUAGGCACGGGUCCAAGCAGUUUUCCUUGUGCCCCACCACUUUCCCUGGGAAAACCCUCUGUUUACUGCUGAAUUGGAAGAAACUUCAGUCCGCAAAAAACCUGAAUAAUGUUUGUUCUGAUUCAGCAGCAAACAGAGGGUUUUCCCGGGGGAAGCAGUGGAAGUGUGGAUGAGCCCCCAUUUGCACGCCUGCUCAGUUGCUGCUGUGCUGACUCAGCGUUCAAACAGACCAGCUCAAGUACAGUCACUCAUAUGGCUCACGUGGAAUACUUACAUGGGCAAGUAUACAUGACUUAUCCUCAUGUUUAUUUUGGCCCAUUUGAAACUACUGGACUUACUUCUCAGGAAUCAUGUUUAAAUCAUGAGUUCUCAGGUCUUCGGGAAACCGUUCUCUUGGAUUAUGGUAAUGACGAUCCCAUAUUCAUGUCAAAACUCAAAUGGCUGAUAUGGUGAACGUGAGCAAGCUGUGAACAAAAGCAUUCUAUCUGUUGCUGAUCCACAUGUCACAAACUCCUCUGGAGCACAACAUCCCCCCAAAAGAGGGGGGAAACCUGUCAUUUUUUAAAAAGUGUUACUGCUCUAUGUGUCCAGCACUAUGAUGCCAAGAGUUUAUUUUUGUCAUCCUACAACCCCCCUCCAAAUGUGUCCAUUUUGUUGAAUAGGGUUUUAGCAUUAAAAAGGUAUUUUACGGAGCACUCCUGCACGUCCCCUGCUGUGAUGCCAAAGGGUUUUUGUGACUUACAUGUGUCCUUUUUUAAAAAUUAGACUUCAGUCCCACCUUCUUAGAUGGCUGUCAUUCACUGUGGUCACUGUGGGCUAACCAGGUUAGUCAUCGCUGCUCUAGAGAUUUCCUGCUUGAUAUGGGUUGGUCUCAUCUCUGCUGAUUACAGGGGAAAUCCAGCACAAUUAGAUAUGUAGAAGACCACCUUAUUCCUGUAAUUGUCAUGUUUGCUUGCUCUUCCAUUCUGCAAAGUAUUUUUGUUGAUGUCUUUUCAAUUUCUUCUUGUUUUUAGGGUGACCCAGGACAACAGGGUGACCAAGGACGAGAAGGACCUUUUGGACCACCUGGAGAGCCAGUAAGCCACUGUUCACACACUUGAUAGUCCGUAUCUGUUGUAUGGGCAGAGGCAAAAGGCAAGUUACUGCAUGCGAGGGAACAAGAGAUCAGCUCAGGAACCCAGCCAGGUCUACAGCAGCUAGAGAUAGCUCUUAGACUCUUUUCCACACCCCUUGUCUGGUCUGCAUGUUACCUCUGACCCACAGUGAAAGCUGGAAAUUGCCAUGUGUUGGUUGAGAAAAUUUCAACAAAAUGAAUUUUUGGCAGGGAACAAUGUAAUGAAGUAACAGUGCUAAAAUUAAUAAAAAUAGACCAAUAAGUGUCAAGCGUCAAGACAAAUCAGGCAGGGGAUGGGGAACUUGUGGCUCUCCAGAAGUUGCUGGAGGUGAACAAAGGGAGGGCCACAGUUGCCCAGUCCUUGAAAUAAGACUUGGUCCUUUCACUUUGGGCUCUUUAGCACUCAAUCGGCACAAACGACAAUUCUGGUUUCCCCCGGGUUGCCAUUUCUUCCAAUCUGUUGCUAAAGAGCGGGUUUUCCCUUGGAAAAGGAGUGGGGCAAAGGGAAAACUACUUGGACCCGUGCCUAGAAAGUGUGGAUCUUGUGGAAAACCACUCAGAUGUGUGAUUUCUAGGCACAGGAGAACCAGAAGUGUGGAAGAUCCCUUUGUGAAUGAGAAAACCUGAAUAUCUUGAAACUCAUAGUAUAAGGUUGUGCAGCUACUAUUAAUGACACAACCAGUUUGGUCUUAAUGAUGUUUUAUUACAUUUUCAUUUUUUUACCCUUCCUAGUUGCCCAAGUGUACCCCCGGGGGUAGCAUAUCCUUCCUCGGGUUCCAGAAAUUCUUGUCCUGUUUUUCAAGAAAGGAUUCUUUGCUCUGGUCUGUUUGCCAAAAUGCAUCCCAUCCAGUCUGCUGUGAACUGUCAGUUUUUCUAGCAAUAGUAUUGAGCGUAGUUGAAAUUAAAUGCAGGUGUUCUCUGUCAGAAGGAAUAAUUAAAAACAGCCUGCUAGAAGAAAAGCUUCUAGAAGAAAAGCUGGCAUAAGCCCCACCCUGGAGAUGAGAGCCUUCCCCAAAUCCAUUGGCUCACACUGGUUGGUGCAGGAGCUGUCUGCCUGCACUGUGCAGCGCAGAAAGCAGCUCAGAAGUUGGUGUUGAUGCAUUCUUCAAAAUGGGGGAGGGCAGCUGCGCAGCUACCCAAGGGAUGUUACACCGCAAUUAUUUGAUCUGACCAUAGUAAGAUACGUACAUUUUAAGAUGUUUAAGAUACAUACAUGGACAAGGUGAUGUAGGCACUUGAAUUUGUGACUAAAAGGACAAAUAAAUCAUCAUUUGAACUGAUGUGAACAUCAAAAAAAUCUGAAGCCUGCCUUUUAGGAAAGAAGGAGGACUGGCUACAAGUUUUGGGGAAAUGCAGAGGUUGGGGAAUAGAGCAACUGAUUCUGUCUUGUUCCCUCCUCUUUCCUGGCAAAACCAGAAUGGAGGCUGGAAGGGAUAACCUUUGAGGUCUUCCAGCCCUACAAUUCCAUGAUCCUACUAGCGCUUUGCUUUUGUUCAGUUACAGUGAAUUUCUGGUUCUUCAGUCUACAGCACAGGAAUGUUGACGCUGCUUAAUUCCAGCACCCACCUCCAGAUAAAAAAUGGUCCUUAUUCUCUUCCAGGGCACAUUUGUUAACAAUAUGUACCCUGCGCUCAUUUUCCCCUCCCCAAGACAGAUGUUGCCUUUCAUUUAGCUCCUAUGACAGCUUUGGCUGUUCUUUUCGAGGGGGAGAGAAAAGUCAAAUUCUUACACCUUCUGCCAGGAAAUGUUGUCUCAUGCUGUCCAUGCCUUCUAACCCCAUUCUAUGACACAAACAAAUCGGACUGUGUGACAUUUUCCAGUUGCUUCAUAUUAGUUAUUCUUGUACACGUUGAUUUAGAAAAUGGUUCAGCAUUACUGCCCUGGGCUCCUUGGGGAGGAAGGUGGAAUAUAAAGUGAGUGAGUGAGUAAACAAACAAACAAACGCACUCAGGUUACACAGGUCAGCCUGUGAAUAAAGCAUCAGUAGCCCAAUCCUAUGCAUGGCUACUCAGAAGUGUGUCCAAUUGGACUUGCUCUCUUAUAUUGCAUCUGAGUGCAACUCGGAACUGCUAGAUCCAGAUUGGCCCAUGAUGUAUGUCAAGUCAUUCACAUUUCAGUUCUGCCAAUCCAUCAUGAAAUCAUAUAGCCGAUAUGCCAAAGGGAUUCACCAGGAGGUCAUUGAGGGAGUUUGGAGCUGAGGCUUUUGCUCUUUGCACAACUUUAUGCUGACCACUUAUUUUGAAGGGUGAAGCCGUUGAGAUGUCUUCCCAUUUUUCUAGGGUGAAGCAGGCCCAGCUGGUCCUAAAGGGUACAGAGGAGAUGAAGGCCCUUCUGGACCGGAGGUUAGUAUAUUCUAAUGUCCAUGAUUAGGGGAACUGUUCCUUGCCUCAAGAGCUUAAAAGGCCAUACACUUCAUAGACAGCAAUGUUGCAGAAUGCUAUGCUGCAGAAGUCAUAGAGCAUCAUGUGUUUUCAUGACAUACAGAGUUAUACAUCAAAGGCUACUUAGAAGACAUGGAAUCUAGUGCGGCUUCUGCCCCUGCUUGCUCCUCUGGGCAACCCCCACUUACACCCGUGGCCAACCCCCUCCCAGCCCCAAUAGUUAGGACUUCAAAGUGAACCACUUUGAAGGGCUUUCAAACUGCCCUUUGUAAACAUCCUUUCCAAUGGAAAUUUGAUCAGUAAAAUAAAAAAAAAGUUGCCAUUUGCAGUAUCUUAGCAACCCAUUUGCAAAGACAGCCCCAUCUAGAAAGCCCAUAGAGUCCUAUAGAACGUUAAAGACAAACUAUGUAUUUAUUUAGUAUUUAAGGCACCAGAGGAUUUGUUUGUGUCUCAACAAGUGCUGUCCGUAUGGCAAUGACUUUGAUGUGUUCCCCUAUGUGCUUUAUAGGGUCCUAAAGGACUGCCUGGCCCACCUGGAUUACCUGGAGAAACUGGCUUGAUGGGUGAAAGGGUGAGUGUCCUAAAGGAAGCGUGCAAAACGUGAGAGGUCUCAACGAGGUGGACCAGGAGGAGUCUGCGCAGUCCUCUUCCUCCCAGCUCCUUGGGAAGCAACUUCGCUAGACCUGAGAAGCAAAUGGUGGCCGGGGGGGAGGGGAACAGAGCAAACCAGGUACUCACUGGAGUGUCUGAGGAGAAAAUGGGGGGGAGGGGAGGAGAAAUCCAUCCCCAUCUGAGAGAGGCUGUUGUGCUUCGCUUACUUCCCCCUCAGGCUCCCUCCAUGUCCCUUUCACUCCCUCGCCCACCUGCCAGAUGCAGCACUGCUGAGGAGAAAAAGGGAAGCUGGGCUUCCCCAGCCCCGUUCUCAUUGCUGCCUCACUCAUGAACCUGCAAGAAACCAGGGCUGCUGUGUCCAGUCGCCAGUCAGGGGCUCCAGAACAACCGUCAGCCCCACCUCUUUCCUCUUGGGGUCCCCCCCCCCACUCUCAGCCUCUGUUUCUCUUGCCAGCCACCCUCCCUUCAUCCCGCUCUUUCUAUCCAUGCCCACAAUGGCCUUCAGGUGGGAACCGUCACCCUUUUUUCUAGGGGGGGGAAAGCACUGCCUGUAACAUAAAGUUCUCUGGUGGCUAACAAUGAGUCAAUCCCAGGGAGCCUGCCAGCUUAAUAGACUAAGGACAUACAAGGUUCAUAAACUAAACUUUGACGUCUCCUCUUGGUUUUGGAACUUCCUCUUAGGGAGAAGAUGGCCGAGCAGGAAAUGGCACCGAUGGUUUCCCCGGUUUCCCGGUGAGUUUCACUCCAGAAGGCCAGAGUUUAAAAAAGAAUUCAGACAAAGCUAAUUUCCACUUGCAUUCUUUUUUUAUUUAACUUCCUAUUUUCCUUCUUUUCCUAAGGGAUAUCCUGGCAACAGAGGUGAUCCUGGGGCUAAUGUAAGUCUCAGUCUCUCCUUUCUUUACUCUUGCUACUCAGGCAUGCCAUAUCUCCUCCCCAGCCCCUGCGCACACAGCUUGAAAGUAUCAAGCAUUGAAAUCAUAUGCUGGUAUAUUUGUUAAUCACAGAACAGUAACGUGGAACAGCUUUAGAGCUGAUACUUGUAGUUUUUUGAAAAGAUAAACAAGAUCUUUGGGAGAUUUUCAGCUAACACCAUUAUUUGGAGAAAAAAGUGUGAUUGUGAAUUAUUGUACUAGUCUAUUGGUGAAAGCAACUUAACUGGAAAGCAGGAUGCAAUCAAACGUCUCCAAGUUUAGGCUUCAAGAACUUUUCAUAAAUUUCUUCUCUGACUCAGAUCAAAAUAUUGCUGCCUUCCAUCCUAUGUCACUACCAGCCCUUUCUGCCACUGCCAGCAGUCCAUACCCAACGCAGUGCCCUGUUCCCUUCCCACAAGUGGGAACUGUUGCUCUCAGGAGGACUACAUAUCCCAUGGUCCCUGGCGCUUUGUGCCCCAAUGCUCUACUAAUCAAUAUAGAAGAGAGGAAGGGGAAAAUCUAUUCCUUUACAUCCAUCCUUGUUGCUUCCACCAUCACUUGUCAGAAAAGGGAUGAUAUAUCUGGGGGGCGGAUGGCAGGGAUGAGCAGGCAUUCUUCUGAGCCCUUGGAUUGGUUCAGAAGGAUGAUAUGAAUUGUGUUCAUAUUUUCACCACAAGAAAUUCUGCUGUUCCCAAUUUAAUCCAAAGCAAAUUUGAGAGAGCUUGCCCUUUGUACUGAAAAUCCUUUCCUUGGCUAAGCAUCUUAUUGCAAAUUGUAAACAGUACACGAAUAAUUGUUUGCCUAAUGUUUCUAAUAAGCAUAUGAGAGGAUUUGCCCACAGUCACGUUCUACCCAGAAUUGCCUUGCAGUGCAGUGGAGGCAGAUGCUUGCUCUGAAUGUAGCUUGGUAAGAAAAGGUCUAAGUCCAGCAGAUGGAAUGUAUCUGAACGCCUUCUGGUGAUCUCUUACCUGCAAUCAAGCAUGUUGACAAGAAGCAGAGAGCACUGUGUCUAUGGACAAUGCCUCUUUCCAUGGUUAACUGCAGGAGCUGAGUGCCACGUGGUUUGUAUACUUCUGCCCAAUGGCCUUAUAUCUUCCCUUUUCAGGGUACCAAAGGCUAUCCUGGUCCCAAAGGCGAUGAAGGAGAGAUCGGAGACCCAGGGCUGGAAGUAAGUAAAAGAACCGGAUAGAUUAUUCCCUUAUGCAAUAUAAUCCAUGAGUUUUAUUUCCCACCAUACAUCUUUAUUUGAAAUAUAUGAUAAAGUAUUCAGCAAUAUUAUUCAAUACUUUAACACCCAUCCAUUAUACUAUUCAAAAAUAUGUGGAGGGAGUAAUAGAAAACUUGUCUGGACAGACAGGGAAGUGAGAGUGUGUAUUUGGAAAGAAUUGAGUUGCCUUGGUCAUGGAAGACAGGCAGAACAGGAGAAGAAAAUGUGGAGACCAAAUUUCAGUUCCCUUUUAGACUCGACAAAAUAACUCCUAUUUACCAAGUCUUUGAAAAAAACUAAUUGAAAUAAGUGAUGGCACAGAAAAGUGAACACACACUUUGGCCAACUUUAGCUGAGUUUGCCAUCUGAGACAACAGCUAGAAUUAGAAAUAUGCAAAUACCUAUGGAUGAAACAUUCUUGAUUCAAGUAUGUGCUGUGGAAACAAAUGGGGAUUCCUUCCACCUAAAUGCAUUUAGGUUUUCAGUUUACAUUUCUGAUAGUCAUUAAUUGUUAUUUAUUUGUUUAAGAAUUUAUGUCAAUAUAGUGUACAAUUCAUUCUAAACAAUAUAAAAAUGCACAGUAAAACCAGCUUAAAAUCAAACAACCUAAAACCCAAGAUAGAAGAAAGAUAAUAAACAUCAGUUGAAAUAAUACUCAAAUAUACAUUAUUUGCUAUCAAAGGCUUGAGUGAACAGGACAAUCUUAGUCUAGUGCUGCAAAGAUAGCCAUGGUGGUACCAGGCAAAUGUUCCUGGGAAAGGCCAGUUGAAGGGCCAACACAGAAAAGGCCUAACAUUUGAAGGCUUGAAUAUCCGAAUAUUCAUUAGGAGCAAGGCCUCAGAUGAUUUUCUCAGCAGACACACAGGCUCAUGACAGAGAUGGUGUGUGAUGGGCAGGUACAGUGAAUUUAACUACCAAAGAUUAGAGCACUUGUUUGGGGGUUUUGAAUUUGGAAAAAAAUAUGACGAAGGAGGAAAUGAUAGAAGUUUAUAAACUUAUGAGCAGUAGAGAGUGAGUGGAUAAAGGAGAUUCUUCUCCCACUUUCAUAACAUUAGAACUCAGGAUCACUCAAUUAAUCUUCGUUUUGCAUGGGGGUUGAUUCUGCAUGAGUCGGUGGAGCACAUGUAAGCCUGCUCUGCCCUGUUCCAUUCCUCCCUUGUCCAUGUUGUCUUUAUGACGUUUUGGGGCUAACUUCUGUGCCGUGCACAGGAUCGUGAUUGCAUGUCAUGCAGACAUGCCUAAAUCAGUUGUUGCCUGUACAUAAAAGGCAGCAUCAUUUCAUACAGUGAAUAAAUAACUUAUGGAACUCACUGCCACAAGGUAUGGACUAGAGUUCCAAAGGAAGUGAUAAAAACAUUACAGGACCAAUUUUCAGGCUUUUUAUCAAAGCUAUGGGUGACGAUGGAGUGAUUUAUCUUUUCAAAAUAUGUGUGAAUUACUAUAAAUAUAUAGAUGUCAUCUGCAUUCAGGUUUGUGUGCUGAGCACAGGUAAGAUUUAUAUAUUUCUCAUCUGUUCACAUGUUGCAGGUUCUCCUGAGAGUGCCGUGUUGUGGCUCUUGCACCUUCCAUACCUGGGGGGAAAGUGACAUGCAACCCACUCCUUAGAUAGGAAGUGAUCUCACAUAUGCUAAUCGACCAGUUUGAUUGCUCAGUUGUCAUAGUAAGAAAGUUGAGCAAAGGCAGCCCAGAAGUCCUUCUCUAACUUGAAUGUCUUCUUUAACACAGAAAAGAGUGUAAGUGUCCCCUUAGGAAACGGGUGUCUUUUUCUUCCAGAGCAAUGCAACUGGGACCCGAGGCAUGAAAGGAGCCAAAGGUUACAGAGGACCAGAAGGGCCUCCAGUGAGUAAUAAAGUUCCCACUAACUAUGGAUUAUGAAGGAAUGGGCCUUUGGGGAGCUACUUGGGAUAUAUUAUGAUAGAGUAAUACAGUAACUGACCAGCUAGUAGUCUUUUAUCAAAAUGCCUCAGGUAACAAAUUGCACCUGAGCCAAUGCCCGGUGCUCUUACGAGGAUAGCAACAAGAAUAUCUUCACAACUCUCAAGAAGAAGAAAUAUCAACCACAACAUUCAAAGGCAUUUUCAUUGGCAGAUAUUCUAAUUCUCAUAGCCAGAUGACUAUGAGUACAAGUGGGGAGGUGUAUAAUUUGGAUUAUGAGUAAUUAAAAGAACUACAGUGGAGGUCCCUUGGUUUUAAUUUUUGGUGAGAGGUAUUUGGUUAGGAGGGUUUCCUGUUUUUGAGGGGUGCUGCCAGUUUAUUGCUUUGUCUGUGUGGGGGGAUCCCUGCGGUAGCAACUUGUACCCUAGCCCAUUUGUUCUGGGAUUAGAGCUCAUCUCAUCACUCUCUAAGGCACCACAGGACUCUGCCAUUUUUGUAACAACUGUCUGACAUAGCUUUCUCUCUGGAAUUUGUCUGAUGCAACUAAGUAUUCUCUUGGCACUUGUACAAUGUGUUGUUUUCCAGGGACCUGCAGGACCCAGAGGCCCUCCAGGACCAGAUGUGAGUAAAACCGGCCUUACAUGACACUUGGGUCCUUCUCUUAGUGAAGGGUUGGGUGAUUACGGAGGGAAGUGUUCAGCAAAGCAAAACAGAGUAGAGAUGCACUCUGGCUUCUCCUAACAAAGCUCAGUCCCUGAGUCAGUGACUUUCCCUUCUUAGCUUUCAGUUGUAUUUCUAGCUAUCUGUCUUUCCUUUUGACAAUCUGACUUUAAAGUGAAGAAAACAGAAGUGACUUGUUCUGGACCUUCCUUACAGCCUUGCAUUUUCUUUCUGGUAGGCACCCCAGAUAUAGCCUUUGCCCCCUCCUUGUUCCUUAUGCCAGUUCUGAGAGUUAUACCUGCAUUGGGGAGGCUCCCACAACCCAUAAACUAACUUUGUUUUAAGCUCACUGUCUGUACAGUACUGUAGUCAGCUAAGAGGGGACAACUUCAGAAUGGCAGAUCAAAUGACCACCUUUUCAAGUAAGCAAGGAAUAAGCACCCAUUCACAAUAUUAACUAGAAUUCAUUACUUUAGCCUGAAAUCAAGACUAAAGUGACAGUGUUGUUUCUAGCAAUGGAAACUUCCUUCUUUGCUUCCUGCUUAUUAGAUAAUGCUCCACAAAGGCAGCCUGCCCUCUCAUAAAAACAUCUAAUGCUUCACAUGCUGCCUGGUGAAUUGAUUGCUAAAUGUGACACAGCUAUUUUCUUGGGCUAUAACUGCAAUGAAGGACCCAGCUAAAGGGGGAUGCAGAAUGAUUCUUAAUAUCCAAGACCUGGAUGACACCAAUGUUUCUUCGUUUGUUUCCAGGAAUGUGAAAUUUUGGAUAUCAUCAUGAAAAUGUGCUGUAAGUAUUCUGACUCCUACUGUUGCAGAAUUAGCAGCUGUAUCAUUACCAGUGGCCAAGUCAGAACAAGAAACAAUAGGUUGUUGGCUUUAACCAAGCUUCACACCAUCACAUUGAUUCUGUGAUCCAAGUCGUCAUGUUUCUAAAUGGAUUCAGGCUCAAUGUUACAGAACCAGGGAUCCAGCUUGGCUCUAGUCAACAGAAGUCAGUGCCCAGAGCCAUCUGAAAAACAGUUGGAUCUAUCAUGCAGCAAGGGCCCAUUAUCAAUCCCACCCCCCAAUCAGGUCCCAAGGGCCAGUCUAUUGGGUUUUUGGACCAGUAACAAGCCUUGUAUCCUAUCUUCCUCUAAUUCAAUUUUUUUAAGUGGCUAGCGUGACUCAAGCUCGGAGGGGACUUCUCCUCCAUUAAGUACUGUAUUUCUGGUGUGAACCCAAGAGAAAGGGAAAUUGAAACCUGAUUCUGCCUGUUUUGGCAAAGAAGUUCACAGGCUAAGGCUCUUAAUUUGUUUUCAUCCUUUAUUUAUAUUUUGAAAGUAUUAAACGUCAGCAUCUGCUAUUGAAUAUCAACCAAGCAAAUUAUUUCCUACAUUCCACAAACCACAAAGAAAUGAUAAGAGAGAUUAUUUACCAUGUUUGGGAAAGGCCUCCCCCAUGCAUGCUGUCUGCAGUCCCAGUUUUAACUAGUUGAGCAACUCUGUUGCACUGGGAAUUAGGAUUUCCUGUAUACCUUAUCUUCAUCCUUGUUACAUUUGUUGUUUACAUCAAAUUACAUUUGCUGCUUAACAAACUCUGUGGUUAUUUUCCAGAGUUUAUUAAACACUAAAUGUGAUUUCAUUAUUAAUUGCAGUCAGGGAUGUCAAACAAUCCCAAAAUAUGUGUUCCCACUGAAAUGUCCUUCAGCAUUUUUAUUAUACUUCCCUCUUUAUUUUUUGCUAAGUAGCAUAUGCUGGAUUUGAAAAUGAAAACAUCUGGGAUAUGAAAAUCAUCUUAAAGUUUACCUAAUAUCAGGGAGAAAGUUUUCAACAUCCUCAUAUUGAUAUUUAAUUUCAGUGCUCUUUAGAGUCACAGUGAAUUUGAAGUUGAUUCUCACCAUAUUUCUUUGCUUUCUUCCUCUCUCCUAGCUUGCUGCGGUGAGUGUCAUUUUUGCAGUUUCUUUAACAACAUUAUUGCAUUUUCAUUUAAAAAACUGUCACAAGAUUCAGAUGGAGGAAGCUUACUCUUCAAAUGCUGUUGCUGCUGCUCCUCUAAGACCCCUUGUCACUGUCUCCAUUUUAUGGCCUUCUGCUAUAGCUGUUUACUGCUACAGUCUUAAGUUAUUGUGCUUCCAUAACAUUGGCCAUCACAUAAAAAAAUGCCCACAUCAUCUACACAACCUUGCUGGUGUCCCAGAGAUGCAUGUGCAGCCCUUUCAAUAAGUGAGUAAAUAACUCAGAAUCAUCCUUUCUUUCGUUGCCUUAGCCUUUGCAAGGAUGUUCCUAUGAUGCACUUAUAUCUGUUCAGGUGGCCCAAACAGAACCACUGAAAGUUAAAUAAGUUCUCUUGAAUUACAUCUGGGUGUAUAAAGGAAUUAGGGCAAUUAUUAUUUUCCUUUCAAACUGCUACUUCAUCAGACUUGAGUUGCAGUCCUAAGGGCAUUUACUUAAAUGUAUUUUAUAACAAAAUAUGACAUUCUGAGAGGAUGAAGAUGAAGCUCUGAUUUAGUGUGAGUUUACAUGUUCCCUCACAUUGUAAUAGGGAUUCUGUGUAAAAAAAAAACCCAUGUAAACAUACUCUAAAUUAUGUCAUCACACAAAUCAUGGUUAAAGAAGCCUACAGUGCAGUUUAAUAUCUAAAUUAACUAACAGUGGUUUGCAACUGGCAAAUCAGAAACAAAAACCAAUAUUUGAGGUAGAUCUGCAAACUGUGGUUAUACUAACUAUGAUUUGGCAUGACUGGUCAAAUCAUAGUUACAGCUGCUGCUCUGCCUUCAGAUUUAUCCAGACACUGGAGUGUUGAGCAAGGAAAAUAAUAAUAAUCUCUAAACAAUGAUUUGCCUGUAAUGUUAGCAGUGCAAACCAUAGUUUGGAUUCUAAACUAAACUUAGCAUUUGGCAAGAAGUAUAGCUUUUAUUGUUACUGCUGUUGUAGUUGGUUCCCUUGGGUUGUUCAGCAUCUGAAAGAAAGCCUUCAUACUUCCACGAAUGUUUCUAUUGUGUGGUUCUGUGCUCUGUUACAGAAUGCAAGUGUCUUCCUGGCGAUGUUCUGUUUGUGCUGGACAGUUCAGAGAGCAUUGGCCUGCAGAACUUCCAGAUUGCUAAGGAUUUCAUUGUCAAGGUCAUUGACAGGCUUAUCAAGGAUGAAAAAGUGACGGUAAGACUUGCAAACAAUCACAUAUACCCCCCCAGCAAUAUAUGUUUAAUGCAUGUUAUCAUAAAACAACUGAGAUACUUUCAAGUUUCCUAGCAUUGUCAAAAUCAACUACCUCCAGAACCUUACCCAGAGAACAGGAUGCUGCCGUUACAGCUCCUAGAUGUUAUAAACUGUUCUUGGUGUCUUUGUUUAUGAUAAUACAUGGACUGAAAAACAUCAUUUGGUGUUUAACUUUUCUCUUAACAGUUUAAACCAGGGGAGACCAACGUUGGUGUCGUACAGUACAGCCAUGACAACACCCAGGAACUGGUGGCCCUGGGCGAUAGCAACAUUGAUAACAUUGGAGCCUUUAAGGAGUAAGUUUAGAUCAGAUAAUUGGGAGUUAGAGAGGGGUUAUUGUGCUCAGUUUUAUAUGUGGCACUUUUGUGGGAUGUUUUUCAGGUAUCUGAAUACCUUAUUGCAGGAAUGCUUAGCCCUAAGCACACUCAAUAUGAGCCACUACCCUGGGUCUCAGUGCACAACCAAUAAUUGUGGCACUACAGACCCUGAGGUCACCAAGGCAUGGCCAGGUUUAGCUCUCAUCCUAAAGACGUAACUAAAUUGCACUCAAGUUACUUUGUCAAGUAAAUGUCUGCCUUGCACUCGGAUAGGAAGAAACACUAAAGGGCUGUAUUUGGGAGCAAUGUAUCAGUGACUCUAAAACUGAGGGGAAAUGACCAUUGUAGUAGAUCAUCUUGAUCAUUACAUGAUAAGAGACAGACCAACAUGUCUUCUGCCACAGAUAUGCCAAGUGGAAUUCUAGGGCACAUUAGCAAAAUGAUGGGUAAACAGAUUUGCCACUUUAUGCUUAAUGCAUUGGGACAAAGAUGCUUCCUUCUUCUGGGAAAUUAUCUGAUUGGAAGGUUCUUCUAAGAAUCUUAAGGCUGAUCUGGGUGUUUUUGCGAAGAGAUCACCUGCCUUCAACCCAUCCAACACCUCCCAUCCCUCUUUACCUUGAAUUUCCCUGUCGAGUCAGGUGUCUUAGUUAUACAAAGCACACAUAAAUCUCUGUAUGAUUAGGAUUUUGCUUACUAUUUAUUAUCGCCUUGCAGCACUGGAUAGGAACACUCCAGCCACCUCUAUGCUCCCAUAGUAAUAUGUUGAUUUUGCCUCCAUUUGAGAGGUGCCAAGAAAUCACUAACUGAAUGGAGUUUUGCUGCAAAAAUUGAGAAUUUAAAAAGUACUCCCCACCUCCUCCGAUUUCUAAUCUACAGACAUGCUGUUCAAAUUAACUCUCUACCACAGAGCUUUCCAAACUGUGCGUUGCAACACGUUAGUGUGUCUGCUGCAGUGUGUAGGUGUGUCGCGCAAACACUCCCCGCUCUCCUCCCAGGACAGGAAAGGGGGUGGUUUAGCCUCCAGUUUGCUAGGAAAACUGAAUUACUGUGUUGUAAUAUGAUGCAUGUCUAAAAAGUGUGUCACCAACAUAAAAAGUUUGGAAAGCUCUGCUCUGCCAUGAAUGCUUUGAAGAUAACUAACCAAUAAUGCUGCUCGCUGGAAGGACAGAUCCUGUAGCUGAGGCUCCAAUACUUUGGCCACCUCAUGAGAAGAGAAGACUCCCUGGAAAAGACCCUGAUGUUGGGAAAGAUUGAGGGCACAAGGAGAAGAGGACGACAGAGGACAAGAUGGUUGGACAGUGUUCUCUAAGCUACAAACAUGAGUUUGACCAAAGUGCAGUGGAAGACAGGAGUGCCUGGUGUGCUCUGGUCCAUGGGGUCACAAACAGUCGGACACGACUAAACAACUAAACAACAACAACACCAAACCAAUAAAUCAGUUGAUUACCUUGUUUUGGGGUACAUUGAUUGACUGAUACAUUGCCAAUUGAGAGUACAUGAGAACUUCCUCAGAAUAUAAUUUUGUACUUCCUAUGCAAAUUAGUAAGAUUACAUCACUUUCUCACAUUGCUACCACAAAAAACAUUUAGGUUUGUUCAUGGCAAGUGCUUUAGAUUAUCUGGAAGGAAAAGCAAGUGAACCAGACUUAACAGGGGAGGCAAACCAAGAAUAAGGAAAGAGCUGGGAGACAGGUCUAGAUUUCUCUGUCAGAAGAGGAGCUGGCGCUGAAACUCAACGCUGCUUGCUUUGCAGAGCUGUGAAGAACCUGCGCUGGAUUGCUGGUGGCACAUAUACUGGGGAGGCCCUUCAGUUCACCAAGGACAACUUGCUGCGGCGCUUUCCCUCUGAGAAAAGAGUGGUCAUAGUCAUCACAGACGGACGGUCUGAUGUACUUCGGGACCAAACACCACUCAACGUUCUCUGUGAAAGCAAGACCCAGGUGAAAUCAAUAUUAUAUGGAGGGCAGGAGGAGGGAUAGGAAAGCCUUCUUGGGUGAAGGUGUGUCUUCCUAUUGAGAAAAGUUUGGGUCAGUGACUUUGGUUAAGCCAGGAGGAAACCAGCACUUGUGUGGGCAGUGGAGCGCAAGCUGCCUAAGUGCUUCUUCACAAUUCCACUCAUCCUGUCCCUUUUGCCCAGGAAAACCUGCUCUUUAUCAAGUUUUUGGCAAAUUGAAGUUUGCUCCAAUUCAGUGGUAAAGAGCUGGUUUCCCUGGAGAAAUGGAAAACUGGUGAGACCCAUGCCUAGAAAACACAGGACAAGCAGGAAACCCUUCAGAGCCCUGCUUUCUAGGCAUGGGACAAGGGGAGUGUGAAGGAGCCCUGAGACGGCUGUGUAGCGAAGGGCAGCUCCAGACUGAAAUUUAUGUCUUUUACUGAAGAGUUCCUGCAGUGAUCACAAUUCAAGGGCUAAUGUGAAUGUCAGAAAUUCAGUGAAUGUUGAUACUCAUUGGUAAUUCUUAGCGCUUUAGAAGACCAGUGGGAAGUAUAAGAAAGUUCUAACAAAGCAGACUUGGAAGGAUCCUAAAUAAGCUUAUGAAUGGGUUUUGUGUGAUAUUUACCAAGGCAAGCAGGGCUGGGAAAUAUCAAAAGAAAACUUGGCAGCAUGAUCUCUGUUCUUCAGCAACAGGAUAGUUUCCCUUUACUUGCCCCAAUGUUAAUGAAAGGUAACUGUGUCUCGAUUAACACUGGAUUAUCCAGUAAAGAAGAAUUCUGUCUUCCCCCUGACCAAUAUAUUCCCUAUAUUAUUCUUGUUAUUUCAUUUUAUCCCCCUUGAUCCCCACUUGGGGCACCUGAGGACUAGCUAAUGUGGAAUCGUUGAGUAUAAGCCUUACACAUACCUGUCAACUUCUAGGUGGUUCCCCUGGGUAUCGGUGAUAUUUCCAACAAACCAGCAAACACUGAGCAAUUAUCAACUAUUUCCUGUGGGGGCAUCUCUGUUUAUCAAGAAAACUUUGCUUUGCUGCUGGAUGACAAUUUCCUGCAGAAUGUUACCUCUCAGAUCUGCAAAGGUAGGUGACACAUAUUUGGUUGCUGAGAGCCUAAUUAUGAGCUGGUAUUGAAGGAGGUGGUUGAUCCAGCUUCUCAACACAAUGAAUGCCACAAAACAGCUAAUGAGUGGAGAAAUGACAACAUAAGCCUAAGUUUGUCUUAGAUGCCAGAGUUUAUUUAACCGCACAUUCUGCUAGUACUACUUUGGUGACCCACACAAUUUAAAGAGACGAAGUGGCCCUGUAGAAUCCAUAUCUGCCAUCUAUACCAAGGUCAUUUGUAAGGUGAAUGCAGAAGGAAAACAGCCAUGGGUGGGACCAGCAUACCUGUGAUGACUGCUGUGAGGGUGGCCAAAGCCAGAGGGCUGGAGCCCCUUUGCCAAGUGGGAAAAUUCCAACCUGGUCCCAAAUACGGCUACCGACAAAGCCAUUGCAAGGUCAAUCAGUGCAGCACAUGUCAGCCAAAUAGGGAGGGCGUGGGAAAUCCAGCAAAGUGGCUGCCAAGAGAAGCCGCGGGCCUUCCUUAUAUGCCCAGGAAGUGGACUGACACCCCCCCCGAGGAAUGGCCCACCCCCUUGCACCCUUUUGAUUGGCCAGUUGAGUGAGCAGGCAAGAUCUGCUUCCUGGCAGCAAGCUUGGCCCAGGACCUCCUUUCCUUCCCAGGAAGCAGCCCCAAGGGGCCUUUCUCCCCAGAUUAUGGAGGGCGUGGGGAGUGCCAGCCUGCAACGGUGCCCACCAAGCUGGGGGAGUGGACUUUUGGUGUUGAACAUUGAUUGUAAAUGAAGAGAAGGGUUUAGUGUGACGUUGUUUCAUUUGUUUUAUAGAAAAGAAAUGCCCGGACUACACCUGCCCAAGUGAGUACUCUUUUUACAAAGUUGUGUUUAUGAGUUGAAAAUUUCUGUGCUCCACAUAAUCUUGAAGUUGCCUUAGCGACUGCUAUUUAGCUUACUCCAUUUCCUCUGGACACUGACCAUUCACCUGAGGAGCACCAUAAUUUGAAACAAGCUCUGUGUUUCAACUAUUCUGUGCCAUUGCACACCAGGGCCACCAGAAACCUGCAUUUCCCGCUGAAAUGAAGCAAACCCAAUUGCUGCUUGCUCUGAUGCAGCUGUAAAAUGUGGGUUUUCCCAGGGGAAGGGAAAUUCCAGGACAAAAAGAACCCUACUUGGACACAGGCCUGGAAAGCCCCGAGCUAUGCCUAGAAAGGGGGCACAAAAGGAGUCUGGCUCAGAAUCAACCAGUACCUCUUGGGAUGUCCAGUUUCCUUUUGCAUCCGAAAGUGUACUACUUAGUUUCCAGAAAACUUAGUUCUGAGGUUAACACCUCUAUGCCUUGUAUACCAACAGAGCAAUCCCCAUGCCCUGCCUUUUUAUGCUGGUAUUGACCACAGCACACAUACCCAAAUCUGAAAGAUUUACAGCAGUGUCGUUAGCCCCUAUCUCCUCUCUUUCCAGUCUCUUUUGCUGGCCCAGCUGAUAUCACACUCCUUGUGGAUAGCUCCACCAGCGUUGGGAGCCGCAACUUCAACACCACCAAAACAUUUGUGAAGCGCCUUGCAGAACGAUUCCUGACAGCAGCCAAGCCUUCGGAGGAUGCCGUGCGCAUUUCUGUCGUCCAGUACAGCGGCAAAGGCCAGCAGAAAGCGGAGGUGCGGUUUGAGCAGAACUACACGGUGGUUGCUGAUGCUAUUGACAGCAUGGAAUUCAUGAAUGACGCCACGGACGUGAAUGCAGCCCUCCGCUUUGUCACUGGUCUCUACCGGCAGUCCGCCCGUGCUGGAGCUAAGAAGAGAGUUCUGAUUUUCUCUGAUGGCAACUCUCAAGGCAUCACCAGCAGCGCCAUUGAGAGGGCAGUCCAAGAGGCUCGGCGGGCAGAACUUGAAAUCUAUGUACUAGUGGUUGGCACUCAAGCCAAUGAGCCCAAUGUGCGUGUUCUGGUCACCGGGAAAGCGGCAGAGUACGAUGUGGCCUAUGGAGAGAGGCACCUUUUCAGAGUGCCGGAUUACCAGUCUCUGCUGAGGGGAGUGUUCUAUCAAACUGUCUCCAGAAAAAUAGCUGUAGACUGA